AUGCGAUCAGCCCUUUCGGGAACGCGUGUCGCAGGCUUCAGGGCCAUGUGCCCGGGUAGGCCCAAUAGUGGUGUGGCUCCAUCCAUCCGGUGCAGCCAGCAGCAGUGCAGGUAUCGUAAGGAAGCUUAUGUGUUCCCCCACCCGAAUCAGUGAGUUUCAGAGGUGCAGACUUGGUUAAUGAUCGUAAAAUUUGCCCUUUUAAGAAGCUCGAUUCCGGAGCCACAGGAGAUGGCUGCCGCUCAGGUUGGCGGCCUGGCCCCAGAUCUUGAUUUGUGUACAGUACGUUUAUACCAAGAAAUCUUGCACAAUAUUGUUUUAUAAAUGAAUGCAAUAAAAUAAUAAUAAUCUAAGAACAACAUAUGGAAGUGAAAUCCCCUGUAGUGUUGAGCUAUAACGAUAAAGUACUGCCAUUUUCCCUUAAGGCUUUUAAAUCAUAUUCAGUUUAUCAUGGUAGAGAAUAUAUCUUUAGCAGUUUGAGAUGUGAUACAUCGUCUGUUGGGGGACCAUAUAAAAAAAUUAUUUAUUGAACGAGAUGGAGGACCAGAAAGAAGUGUUAUCCUCUGUAUAUGUUAACCUGAUCUUUUAGUACAUUGCUUGUAUUGACCAGAUUUUCGGGCAAUAUUUUACUAGCUGAGAUGUCUCCCCAGCCACAUUUCCCAAUCCCCUCUGUAACAGGUAAGAUGAGGCUUUUCUGAAUAUUCAAUUACAAUUAACUGAAAUAGAAAUGUGAAACCCGUUGCUUGAUAUCUCAUAAUACAUAGUUGCUAAUAAUAAAUACCAUCAGCACAUGGGUAUCAAAUGGAUAACAAACACUCGCAUGUCCUUAGUGAGUAGCAGAGUGAAGUAGAUGAAUAAACCGUUAUCCAAAUAGUACCUUUAAAUCCUCUAAUGGUAAUACCUGGAGCAGAUACAGUAACAGAUUGUAGUGCUGUCUAUAUGAUGGAACAUUUUAUUCCACAAUGUAUACAAGGCAGAAUUCCAAAUCGUUUUUCCUGUAACCAACACAAAGUGUGGUAGUGUUUAAAGGUAUACAAUGAGUCUGUGAUCAGUGAUCGCUGUUUUCAAGUGUGGUGUCUCUGAGUGUAUAACAGAGCACCAUAGUGAAAAUACUAAUGUAUGUUAAACUACAAUGUGUUUAGUCUGCAUUAAGUGAAGUCAGUCUGUCUAAAUCUUGUUCAAGAUUAUAUUUUAGUUGCAGAAGUUAUCAGUAAGUUACCUAUCUCUCAGAAAAGCCACAUCCCCAUUUACACUCCUAAAAUUCAAAUGUCCCUCUUUGUCCAUUUGAAAUGUUGUAAAGUAUGGUACGUUACAGCCAACUCUAGAAUGCAAACCUGUAUACGUGUGCCACAUAUUGUGCCUCUGUCCCCCCCAAUGUCAUAAAAAUAAUAAAUUAAUCCUUUUUACUUCCCUUCUUCCAGCUUUCUCUGUGCUGUACACCUCUCUACCUCCAAUGAUCAUAGCUUCCCCUGCGAAGGUCCAAUCUGGACCAUAUGUGCAUGCAUGGCAAGUACCGCGCACGUUCAAGCUUCCCUAUGGGAAAGCUUGGAAAGCAAUGACUACUUCAUUGAGAUGACUAUAGUGUCCCUUUAAACAUGUAUCUACUGUGUAUGUUCUUCGUGGCAAUAUGCUCUGCUGAUAAGUCUUCUAAACCAUUUACAUGCAUUAAAUAUAGUUAAGAGUCCGUAACCUUUUAAAUAUAAGCACAGGUUUAUAAGGUCUUGCACAAUAAGAUGGACAGUUAUUGGUGGCCUUUCCACCUGCUGGGAAUUAGUGGAUUAUAUAAGAUGUCUCUAUUUAAAAAGCCAUAGAACAUAUUAGCUCUGCUGUUAGGCAAUAUGUAUAUCGCCAUAUUGACAUUCUGUCUAUAAACAGUAAUCUCUGUAUGUGACAGUCUUUGGAUCCCUUGACAGAUGGAAUGCAGUAAAUAUAACUCUAUAGGAGUGGACCAGGGCAGCAGUAAACCGCUACAGGGAGUCUUAAUAGGAUAGGGGUUAAAAAGGCCUCUCUGACACACGCUAAUGUAGUCCUAAAGUUUGUGUAAGGUUUGUGACCCUGAAUUGUAUGCAAUCUGUCAUGCUUGGUGCAGUGAUUUCCCAUUGAGAAUAGAGAGUAUGGAACAAUAGAUAAGUGACAGGCUGACAGCUAAGACUAUUCUGCUAUUGGAUGCAUGUGUACUUUUCUCCCCUGGAAUUAUUUUAAAACCACUAUCUGUAAGCACUAAAAAUUCUCCAUGGGUGCGGGAAGACUUAUUUGUGCUGACAAUACUUUUAUUGCUUCCAAGAUCCGAAAUGGAAUGGCAGUACAAAAGGAACAGCAAAUUUGUAAAUCAGAAAAAUCGGAAAAGCAGAUACUUUAGAAAUAAAUACUUCAAUUGAUGUCCUGAUGGACAUUAUACAGGUAAACAUCCGGCUGAUAUACAAAGGAUGGAUGGACACAUAGGCAGGCUGAGUUAGAUAGAGUUAUAGGCAGAGUUAUAGAUAGUGACCCGCACCCCGUUGAACAAAUACACAAACGGGCUAAUAGGUACCCAGGGGAACAGAGAGACUGACAGGCGUACAGAAUUUCGGACAAGUAGAUAGAUACAUGAACAGACAGAUUGACAGCGACAAUUAAACAGACAAAUUGGCAAACAGAUGACACAAUGACAAGUACACAGAUGUACACAUAUGUAGACAGAUAUGGUUAAUUGCAGACAGACUAACAGUCACACACAUGUACAAACAUCUAGAAAGACAGGGAUCACAGGUAGCCAGACUGACAGGCACAAAGAUCUAUAGACAGAGGAUGCACAGAGACCCUAGUCUCUUCUUUUGUGUCAUCUCCAUAGCAAGAGGAUGUUAUGAAAUUAAUAGUGCCAUCACAGUGUAUAGUCAUAAAGUGAAGAUUACAUCUGAUUCAAGAUGAAAUCACAGUCCCUUGGGCUGUGGAAUAAUGGAUGAUUUAACCAACAAUCAGGCCAGUUCAUCACUCAGUACGUAUAUUUCCAAUGAUGCCACACGUUUCGUAGCUAUGGUGGGUCCCCAUUCGAAGGACACCAGCUGUGGCUGUUGAACACCACUUCACACUGCAAUAAACAAGUGCUGUUUUUAUCCUACUGACUGAUGGUUUUUAAUGUAUUACUAAAAGCAGAAGCACAGUUCCAUAAAGACACACUUCAAUCAAUUUCUGACAGAGCCUGGGUGAGUUCUGAGUAGGCUUUGUUUUCAUGCUUGUAGUAACCCAUUCAGUACUGUGUAUACAGAGCAUGUGUUUUCAUUCAUUGGAUUCUAAGAUCCCCUUACUCCAGGAAAAUCAAGAGGAGUACUGUGUGUCUUGUUUCCUUUGAAGUGUCUGUUUUGUGAGUUUUUAAAAUUUAUUUUACGUACCCUCAGUCAUUCCUAUUUAUUUGUCUCCCCUGUUCUCGAGCCCAGCAUAGUUAGUUGAGCUGAAUGAUGGGGUCUAGGAGAUAUUGGAAAGAAUAUAGUCCUCUGGUGUGAAAUACACCAAAAUCCUAGAUGUAGACAGCAAAAAAAAAAUCUGUAUCAGUCUCAUUGUAGAUUUCAUGUGUGUGUACCACUUUAAUUGACAUUAUCCUCUCUUUAAGCAGAAUAUCGUACACAAAUCAACUUUUAAUACAUAUAUUAUUAUAUGAUGCUGUGCACACUUGUAUUUUCCAUAGCCAUUUCGUUAAAAUAAUUUUAGGGUUUGUAUUUUCCUCCUACUGUCUCUUGAGGCAUUUGCUGAUAACCAAAAUAUCAGUUAGGACAAGUCAGUGUCCCUGCUAUAAGCAGUGCAUCUUAGGCUGCUGACAAUGUGUUACAAGCUAUUACACCGGAGGGAUUAUAAUUAAAACUAUAAUAUAUGUUAAAAUAAAUGGCCACGGCCCUUAUAUCUUCACAGAGCAACGUUUAUUUAUAUAUUCUAGAACUCGUGCUUUGGUUUAAAAAGCUGUGUUCGAAAUAGUGUUUAGUAGAUAAAGGUUUUUGCAGAAAUACAAAAUCAAAUUUGACCGUGAUGUAGCUUUGCUUUCUGAGAGAAUUGUGGAAUUUUGAUUUUGAAGAACUGCUGUGACUGACAUCAAAUCUGUGAUAUGUGGGUGACGCAGAAUAGUAAAUUAUAUAUACUACAACAUGUCAAAUAUAUAUCUUUUUUUCAUGAUAGUUCCAAUUUUAAAAUUCUAGUUGUUCUGGAGACUGCACGUAAUCAAACAUGUUCCACACCGGUGAAUCAUUAUAGCAAAGGUUUGGUAUACAGUAUAUUGUUUUAUGGAGCACUGAAUGAUUUAAUGAUGAUUUGACCAAUAGCUUGUUUAUAAGUCUGCAACAUGCGAUGAAUUGUGAAUCUUUCAGGCGAUGAAUAUGUACAUGAUUACUAAUUUUCAACAAGCCUUUGUCUUCAUCUGUUGUUUUUCAUUUCAUUUGUUUUUGACAUUUUACUUUUGUGAUUUGAUUUAUGUGAACUCUUUAGAAAAACAACUUUUUUUUCUAUUAUUUGUUAUUAAGCUGCUGCGACAUUAACCCAUUAAAUGCGUUGUCACAUGCCAUCUUCCAUAGAAUGGGCUUUAACAAGGUUAGGACAUUGGGUUAGUAGUAAGGUUAAAAUGAUGUUUCAUCAUUCUUAGAGCAGCACUGGGAUAUAAAUGUUGAACCAGCCUUGGAUUAGUGGUUGACACACUUAAAGGCACAGAGGAUAUUUGUAGCUGCUACAAUUAGUUAAUCCUACCUCCCAUUCUACAUAUACUGGUAGCAGUGGCGUCGCCAUGCCCCCCCCCCCACAUCAUGCUGUGCCCCCCCAAAUGCCGGCCAUGGGCUUAAAUUAUAUUCCCUCGUACUGUAACAGUCUGUCACAGCCCGAGGGAAUGCAGGAGAGGGGAGCUAGAAGGUGCUGGGUGUUUUCACCAGCUUCCCCGGCACAGGGCCCACCCCCAAAUGAAACCCGCCUCCUGUACAUAAGCCCCGCCCCCAUAGUUAAGCAGCAGACCUUGCUGCUGGUGCUGGAAAGGAUGGAAGAUGGCUGCCUGACCCCCAGCAACAGGCUCCAGUGACAGGUAGGCUUGUUAUCUGUGUCUGUCUGUCUGUUAGUGAGGAAGCUUGUGUGUGUGUGUGUGUAUGCACUCAGCAGUCUGUCUGUGUAUAGAUUCAGCAGUCUCUCUGUGUGUAUGUAUGGACUCAGCAGUCUGUGUGUGUGUUUGGACUCAGCAGUCUGUGUGUGUUUGUGUGUGUGUAUGGACUCAGCAGUCUGUGUGUGUGUGUGUGUGUAUGGACUUAGCAGUGUGUAAGAACUCAGCAGUUUGUGUGUGUGUGUGUGUGUGUGUGGACUCAGCAGUCUGUGUGUGUGUGUGUGUGUGUGUAUGAACUCAGCAGUCUGUGUGUGUGGGGGGGUGUUUGUGUGGGUGUGUGUGGACUCAGCAGUCUGUGUGUGUGUGUGUAUGAACUCAGCAGUCUGUGUGUGUGUCUGUAUGGACUCAGCAGUCUGUGUGUGUGUGUGUGUGUGUGUGUGUAUGGACUGUAUCAAGGGAAACGUGUUUGUUUUUUAAUAAUCCUUGGUGGAAAAAAUGAAUUCUCCACCAGGGAUUAGGAUUAUUAAAAAAACAACAAAAAACACAUGUGUCGGGGGCAGGGCUUAACAUGCGGCAGGGGCGGGGUCAAACUGGCGAGGGCGGGGUUAAAUGUGCCCCCCUACUUUUGACCCUGGCCCACCGUGUGCCCCCCCUAAAAUUGAAUCCUAGAGACGCCACUGACUGGUGGGGGGGCCUGGGGAAAAGAGACACAAUGUCACUUCUCUGCAGGUCUCCUGUCCUGGCAUGUCAAUAAUGAGAGGGGUUGCUUUAAUGCAACAUUUAGGAUGGAGAGAAUACUUUGCUCCCGCUCUCAGUUCUAAGUAUUGCUUAUAAAUUUAGAAUUUUGAGCUGUCUAUCAGGCAGCUGGAAUUCCAAUUUUUACUGAUCUUUCUUUACUCCCCAGAGAGAAAGUUAAGACACAACUGUGCACAUGGGCAGUCUGUAGCUUUUUUUACUCACUACACACAACUCGGCUCACAAAACAUACCGCCUCUGCUACCAAUUUAUAGAGAAGUUACAUUCCUCCAAUGUGAAUAGUGGAACUGUAGCUAGGUGAUUAAAUAAAACCACUGCUGGAUAGGAAUUUAUGGGUUAAUAGCAGGCCCCAAUGACCAGAUUUAGAGGUUGCUGAUUGGUCAGGCAUCUUCCCGAAGGUUUUUUUUGUUUUAUUUACAUUUUCUUUGCAUUAUUUUUAAUACAUUAUUUUAUGUGUUUAAAAUUUGGAGGCAAUAUUUACCCCUUAAUUUCACUUCAAGGACUCCCACCACUAUUGGGCUGGUUGUGACGGGUACUUCUCGGUUGCUACAUUGAAAUAGUUUUUUAUUUGAUUGUACAGUGAACUUAUUAAAGUUCUAUUUCUAAAUAAUUAGAUGAUUCCAUGCUACACGCAUUCCUUUAUGGGGACCCAUAGUUAGGUUGGGGAAGGAGAGGCUUAGGCAGUUAUUCAUAUACAAGAACCAGCCAAAUGAUAGCCCGCAUCCGCCCCUUUCUUACGUAAGAUGCUACCAAGGAGCUUGUUCAUGCUCUAGUAAUUUCCCGCAUGGAUUAUUGUAACCCUCUCCUAAUUGGUCUUCCCAAAAGCCGUAUUGCCCCACUACAGUCUGUAAUGAAUGCCGCCGCCAGACUGAUAUUCCUCUCUAGUUGGUCCUCUCACACCUCACCUCUCUGUCAGUCCUUACAUUGGCUUCCUGUAUGCUAUAGGAGUCAAUUCAAGGUACUAAUUCACACCUAUAAAGCACUGAACAACUCUAGCCCCUCUUAUAUCUCUUCACAGAUCCAUAGAUAUGCCCCUCCUCGGUCUCUCCGCUCUGCCCGUGACCUUCUCCUGUCCGCUGCUCGCACCCGUACAGCCAACUCACGCUUGCAGGACUUCUCGCGGGCUGCUCCCUUCCUAUGGAAUAGCCUGCCUAUCACCAUCAGACUCUCCCCUAGUCUCCAAUCGUUUAAGAAGUGCCCUAAAACCCAUCUAUUUAGGAAAGCUUAUGGCCUCCCAGAGUAACCUCUAAAUCACAUACCUGUCUCUUGCUCUCUCCUAAAGGGCAGCACUCUACUCUCUCCUCCAGCUCUGCUUCACCUCCACCUUAUUUGAUUGUUAUUUCCUGUCAUGUUGUGUUUUACACCCCAUCUCCUAUAGACUGUAAGCUUGUUUGAGCAGGUUCUUCUUCAACCUAUCGUUCCUGUAAGUUUUCUUAUUUAUAGUUAAAUCCCCCGCUACGGAAUCUGUUACCGCUAUAUAAAUGGCAAAAAUAAGUAAAAAUAAAAAAAUAAAUAUGAGAGCAAAUUCUGGCAAUAUCACUCUGAAAAUGAGUGAUGCAUUGUUUUUAUGUGAUCCUAUCCAUGUUCACCUGCAACCAUUCAUUUGUGUGUGUAAUUGAUAAUGCUGAGUGAGGGGAAGGCUGCACGCACUGACAUAAUAGCAUUACAUGAAAAUAAAAACAAUUAGAAGCGUGAAGCUAAUCUAAAUAUAAUUGAAAACACACGCUGGGCUUAGGCUCUGCCGGAUGCUGUUCUGAUUGCAAGAUCCUCAUCCCUUUUGUUUGAGUGACGGGAGACGUUUUGGGUAUUCUGGGUAAUUGCUUGAUAUUGCUGCACGUUUGACUUGGAUAGAUUUGCUGAUAAUAAACUUGAUGUACAGAGAAAUUAACAUUCCUAGUCCCUGUAUGAAAACGCUUUGUAUAAUAUUAUAUAUUAUAGAGCAAUGCAGCCAACAAAUUGGGGAGCAGAUCAAGGAAAUUGCAUUUAGAGUAGAGUAGAUUUCUGUCACAUGAGAGUUAUCCGAUAUUGCACAAACGACAGAAGUCUUAAAUGUAAUGAAUCUUUAAUGCGUUUCUGGUCCGUGAUGCUCUGUUGCUGAAUUUGUAAAAGGGAAGCUCAUAUAGAUUAUGUAUAGGAAUGUAAGUUCUAUACAUGCUAAGGGAGGGGGCAAACUGAUGCAAAUAAAGGAACAAAAAUUGUUUUUAUAAGAGUAGCUCUCCAGCUACACAUAUAAACCUUUAUUCUGUAUAAUCGCACAUUCCCCAUGCUCUCUCUUAAAUAGCAAACAAUUGCAAGUAGCAUAAAGAGAAAUUUGUAUUACAUUAUUUUAUAAAUUACCGGUAAUUGAUAAUGCAAGCUUUAUAAUGAUACGGAAGCUAAGGGGGUGCUUCAAUUUUAUGUUAACAGAAUCUUCAUGAUGACAUCUGACAGGGGCAUUGCUGACGGGGUAGUGUGCUGACAGGGGCUCUAGCCCCAAGUGGAGUUUUGAAAAGCCCGGAGUCUAAAUUCGGCACCAUUUCAUUGUUAGGCUCGAGUUCCCUGUAAUAGUGACGAAAAAACAACACCUCCAGUUAUAUAAUCUGUUACAGUGUCACUUUAAUGCCCCAUAUUUAGAGUUAAUUAGACAGCAUAGUGUUGGGGUAUCGCUGUGGGUCCAGUGAGUUAUUGGGUUAAUACAGCAUGGCUUAGAGUUAAUAUUGCACAUGUAGACUUUAUAAAUAAAGACUGUAUAAUACUGUGAAUUUUGUCACAAUGUGAUUUAUAGAACAUGUUAGGAUUUGUAUGGUUGGACUUUGUGCAUGGUAUAUGGUUUCAGAAGUACCUUAAGUUAGUAUACGCUGGAGGGGCUAAAGGGACAGAAGCUCAUUUUCUUUUUGCCCCUUAGCAACUUCUUUUAUGCCUGAUCAUAUUCCAUUUCUUAACUACCUAGUACACAAAGUGAUAAGAAGUUCUGACAUCUUUAGAUAUUGUCGGCUCAUGAUGGGUGAAAAGUGUUAAACAGUGUGUGAAAUGGGUGAAGCAGGGGUUGUAUGUCUUUAUCAAUAAAAAGAGUGGUUUCCAUGGGCUUCACACGUACAGAAAUCAUAUUUCUUAAAUUAUGAUUACUUCCUUCAUUACAAAACACAGAAUAAUUAUGUUUUGCCCACUAAUGUGCUGCUAAAUGGAAUGACUGCUGGAUAAUCACAUACAUUCCAACUGUGUGAAAUAUUACAUAAAAUAUCCAUUUAUAUGCCAUAUGUAGCGUAUUUUUAACUGGUCCCAAAUGAGAAAUGAUUAUCUCUAUCAAGUAGACACAUGAUGUCCUCUGAAUAAAAACAAUCAGGUUUAUUCCCUAAAUAGUGAAUUGUAGACAUUGAAAACUAAUUGAGAAUUUUUCCAAAUCCACUAUUUUGGCCUAGAUUUUUCAGACUCCGCUAUAGUCACAGCUUGUCUAUUUUAGCCUAAAUUUAACAAAUCUGUUUUCAGUUCACCACCAUUUGCUGUACAGUGAAUAAAACCCCCCAAAUAUUUUGUUUUUCAUAGCAUUUCAUCCUCAAGUACAUAAAAACGAAACCUCAUAGAAAAUUAUUUAACCCUUUGUGACUACACAAUAUCUCAAAACAGAACAAUUUAUUUGUCACAAUUUUUGAAAUGCCUCCUAUGAUAAGAAUUUUCAACUAAUUUUGUAGCUAAUAAGAUUGUAUUUCCAUUAGAAACAAAGAUCUAGACAGAUAAAAAACAUUUAAGUACAAUGCAUCUAAUUUUGCUUGUUUCAUGCAACUUAUUACAAGAAGCACACUACUGUUUCUGACCUCUGUUAAAGUCAAUAAUACAAAUUAUAUGUGUGUAAAAAGUUAUUUCUCUUACAAAAUAUGCUUAGCCUUACAUCUACUGCAUUCCUCAUACCAGUAACUGCUGCAAUAGCAUCUACUAUUGUGUGAGAUACUAUCACUAUCAUAGAUGUUACAGUUCCUCUUUAAAAAACAAAACACAUUCUUCAUCAUUGUAUAAUCCAUAGAUCUAUCUCUCAAAUGACAGUGAUUGUAUAACUCCCAACUAUAAAUCUGAGAUCAGGGAUGGGCAGGCUGGCCACAAAUGGACCACCAUAUUGUUCCCUCCAGGAAAACCAUGGGAAGCCUAGAAAGUCAGCUGGUUGCUUAAAAAGGGCGCAUUCUGGCAGUCAUCACUAAGGGCUACCCAUGAACAAAGCACUUCUGAAACUCUUUGACUAUGGUCUGAAUGCCCUAAGAGCCCCCAUGUGCAGAGCAAGUUCUUGAAAUGAUGCAUUCGCUGAGCUAUUGCUAGGAACAAUUCCCUAGUGUCCCGAGAUUGCAGGACACAAGAUUGAAGGACAGAAGAGUACAGGACAGCAUCUUGAAGCUAGGAUUCUCCCACCAAACCCAGGAAUAUUGGGAAAUGUGAGUACCCUACACUAACCCCCAUGUCCUGAACUCCUUUUUAAAGAAAAGGUUUCUGUCACUCUUGUUUAAUGAGUAAAGCAUGAGUGAAUACGAACAAAAGCACAUCAAAUACAUUUAUGUAAAUUGAAAUAGUUUUAUUUUUCUGCACUAGUGUGCAAAUUAUUAUGGAUGGUUUAUUUGCAUUUUUAAUACUUUAGUCUUGCUAAAUAACAAUGUAGGAUAACCAAAUCAAGCCUUAUCGUUGCUUUUGAAAUAAAAAGUUUAAUGUGCGUGCACUAAAUAAUAAAACAAAUAAUUAUGGUUUGACACAUACCAAAAACCAGACUCCACACCCCAACUAUCAUAAAAAAUAGUCAAUACUUUAUUAUAUAGCAGAAAAUAAAUAACAAACAUGAUGAACACAAAUAUACUAUAAAAAAACGAAGUGAAAAAGGCUGCAAAAUAAAUCAAAGCAAUAUAGUAAUCCUCAAGGCAAGGCACAGGCCACUACACCCACCCAACGUUUCGGCACCCCACUGGAUGCUUCUCACAAGGAAAUCUAGUAUCACCCCUUAGCAAAAAUGCCAUACUUGUGGCUGUGGUCCUAAUGUAAAAAGAAUGUUGGCUUUAAAGGGUUAAAGAGUGCUUAGAACAGAAGUAUAGAUUGUGUUUUAUUGUAUUGUUCACCAGACAUCCCUCUGGCUCUCAGGAUCCAAGAAGCGGGAUCUUUUGUUUAGGGUGAAGAAACAGGAUUUUAUCCAAACUACUCCAUUAUUUGAAUCACGCCCCUGCUGAACAAGGAGUGUGGGAGUAGGAGGGGGUCCAUUUCUCCCUAUUUGGUAUUAGUGGAGUCUUUACAAAUAUUAUUUACAUUGAACCGUUUGAUUUGCCGUUUGAUGUUUUGGAGGAAAUAGAAGUAUAAGGCUCCCUUUCUCUUGAUUAUUAGGGAAUUGUGGGAUCCAAGCAAUGUGAAACAGUCCCAUCAUGUUGGCAAGGAGAUGGGACUGUGUUCUGAUCAAUGACUAUAAAUUGCAUUCUUAUAAUAUACAUCUGUCAGAAUUUGUCCGUAAAUGUUUUAUGCAAUAUUAUUAUAAUAAUGUUAGGGACAAUUCACUGGAUCACGUUCAUAGAACUUUAACAUGGUUAUUUUAUGAAUUAGAGUCAUAACGUAGCAAUGGCAACUUUAAGACAAAAAAAAAAAUCCAAGCUGUAACUACAGGUGAAUUGAGAAUUUCUCCAAAUCAGCUAUUUUUUACCUGCAUUUUUCCAUUCGGAUUUAAAUUGGCUACAAUUCAGAAUUUAGUGAAAUACCCUGAUAUACGUAUUUGAUACUUAAGGGAAGAUAAUAAAUGAAAUACAUGUAGCAACGUAAGAUUACACACUAAAUAAUAAGCUUUUAGAAGCUCUAAAUAAUUUGCAUAGACAUAGCAUUAACCCUCAUUUAUGUCAUAUGAAUUCCCGGGAAUUGUGUAUGGCCAUUAAUAACACCUAAUAGCAGACACUACAGGAGAAUAUGUAUAAGCCUUUGCUCUUUCCCCAGCCGUUAUCUGUUCUCUCCAGUGACAGAUUUAUAUCUCUUCUCUAGCAGAUCCAUUUUCCCCAAUGAACUAAAGGAUUUAAGGAUGAAAUAUAAUGCAGCCUAACACACCUCUCAGUGUUUAUCUCAGGAGAAGUGUAUUGGCUUCCUCUCCAGGAUUUAUGGCUUUCAGUGGCAGAGGAAUAGACCAGAGCUGAGGUCUGUGUUUUCUUUUUGCCAGCAAUGGUUAGUUCAUCCUAAAAAUAACCACUGACGCUCAGUAUGAAACUCUGUCUUAAACAAACACUGCGUCUAAACAACUUUUAUGCAUGUUAAAGCUCAUAGCAGUAUAACGUUAACUGGUUUUAAUACAUGCUCGGGUUAAAUAUUGGCUCAUCCAUAGGGGCACUUAAGGCUCCGUACCACCAAAUAAUUGCUAUAAAAUGACAAAUAAAAAUGUGCUUAUAUGUUUAAAUUCUUCCAUUAUGUUUUAGAUCAGUGGUUCCCAGCCCAGUCCUCCAGUACCCCCUAACAGUCCAGGAUUUAGGGAUUGCCCAGUUGUGUCAAAGGUGUUUUUAGAAAGAAAGAAAGAAAGAAAGAAAGAAAGAAAAAAAAAAAACUUUAGACACAACAGGGUAAUCCCUAAAUCCUGGGCUGGUAGGGGGUACUUGAGGACAGGGUUGGGAACCCCUGUUUUAGAUAAAUGUAUCACUUAAUUUAUGCCAUUGACCGAGCAAUGGUCAUCAUAUCAUUGGAAUCUUUCAGUACAAUAGGUAUUUUUUGCAUAUACAUUGGGUGCAAUACAGAGAUAACCAUACAACAGACCGAGCUGAGCAAAAUACAGGGAUACAAUACUGAUAAUUAUACCAAACAGGUAUGGUCACUGUGUGGGAUACAUAGAGCUGCAAUACAGAGAUACCCACACAGUACAAUGUCUCAGUAUAAUGAUCCAGCUCUCUCUGUCCAACUCUAGUUCUCUAAGUCUCUACCUCUUCUGAUCUCAUCUUCACUAGUGUUCCUGCUAUGAAAACGCGAGUUUUCUAGUGAAUGCUUUAGCUUUAGCUUUCUAGUGAAUGUUGCUGCUGCUAUGAAAUGUGUCAGCUACAACUGGCUCCCUAUAAGCUCUCAACACACAGUGUGCAAAGGGUUAAAGUAACAGGAUACUGAUAGACAUCUGAUUACCCUUGCAACUGGUAGAGUGCUCAAUCGGUAGUGGUAAUAUGGAGCAACAAAGUAGCUGCGAAGUGAUCAAUCUGCAGUGGUAACAUGGAGCCACACAGUAGCUGACAAGGUUAAUAGAAGCAGCAUUCAUUAUAGAUUGAACAGAAAUGGGUCAGUCCCCAGAGUCACAGCCCCAGUCCAACAGUGUGGAGCUUUGCAACUUUUCAACUAGUCACAGCAUGAGUGUUUCAUGUCCCAGCUACAGAAACACUGAGCACUUUAAAGAACAUGAUGGGCCAGUUGAGCUUAUACUACGCAAUGUGCCAUAUUAGUGAUUCAAAUUAUUAUUGACAAUGUCUGCCAUUUACCCUCCCUUCCCUGUUCCCUUGUCCUUUCUGGCCUUUCCUCUGUGUUUAUAAAUUAAUCAGAAGACAGAGACACUGAGGCUAUUGUGGAGAGAUAAGAGGGACAAAGGUUUAAAAAUAAUAUCAGGAAGUAUUACUUUACUUUACUGAGAGGGUAGUGGAUGCAUGGAAUAGCCUUCCAGCUGAAGUAGUAGAGGGUAACACAGUAAAGGAGUUUAAGCAUGCAUGGGAUAGGGAUAAGGCUAUCCUAACUAUAAGAUAAGGCUAAUUAAAAGUAUUUUGAAAUAUUGGGCAGACUAGAUGGACCAAAUGGUUCUUAUCUGCCGUCACAUUCUAUAAAGAUUUUACACAGAUACUUUUGGUGUAGAGGGCAGCCUUCCCUGACUUAAUAUGAAAGGGGUCAGUUUUCCAGGCAUUCCCCAGCACUGUAUAGCAGAUAUCUCAAUACAUCUGAUUUACUUAAGAAAAGAACAUAUCACCCAUCCAAACCUGGUUUUCAUGAUGUAAUAAACGAUAUCCCUGAUGAGGGCUAUGCUGUCAGUGAUGAUCGGCUUGGGUCUGGUCUGUCUGGGUAAAUAAUCUGAGCAGUGACUGCCUUCAUCCUGGAGCUAGAACCUUUGUCAGCAUCUUGCUGCUUAUAUAAGAUAAUGAACACCCCUACAUUCUAACACAGUCAGCCAAUAAGAGCUGUCCCAAUUUGGACAAAGCUGGCUAAUAUUGAACUUACAUUUCUGCAUGGCAAUAUGUAAAGCCACUUACUUUAUGUCAGAUUACAUGAAAAUAAUUUGAUGCAGACCUGGGGGCCAGUGCCAAGGCUAUUCAAGUGCCAUUUUAAUCAUGUUGGAAUACAAGAUGUUAAAGGAGACUAGUAGAAACGGUUGUAAUAUCACAAGGCUUUUACCCUAUUAAAGCACAUGCUCAGGAAAUGUUGCGUAAGUUAUACGGAGUGUGCACAGAUUAAUGGAUUCCAGUCUUUAUAGAAAGAUUGCUACUUUAAACAACAGGUGAGCUAACAGGUAGUAUUUCUAGGUGUGUAAAAACAACUUCCCCUCUGUACCCUAAAUGGCUGCCAUAAUUAUGGAACUAUAAGCAGGCAUAGAAUAUAUGCCUGUUCCACUUGAUGCAUUUUCGACAACACACGUCCCGCGGUAAUGCCAUGGUUCUGAUCAGGUCAGAUAAGAGACUUAUACCGGGGUUAACUUUAGGUUCUUUAUUAGAAAGCUUUGACAUGGUUAGUCUUGAAAUAAUAAGAGUAGCAUGACUUAAAGGGAAGUGGAAAUAAUAAAGACAAAAUGGAGAAAGUAGAACCUAUAAAAUGAAAUUACAGGUAAGUAUAUUGAGGCCUAUAAAAUAAAGGGUUUAGACAAUAAUGCCCAGAUAAAGUGGCAGGAAAACCUAUAAAUGAAAUUAUAGGCAAUAGUAAGAAGCAGAACCUAUAAACAAAAUUAUAGGUAAGUAUAAGGAGAGAUAAUAGAAAACAAGAGUUAGGCAAUAUGCCCCAGACAGGUUUAACCCCUUAAGGACACAUGACAUGUUCACUUUUAUUCCAGAAGUUUGGUCCUUAAAGGGUUAAGGUAGCAGGAAAACCUAUAAGUGAGAUUAUAGGUGAAUCAAGAUAAAGAAAACCUAUAAAUGAAACUAUAGGUUCCAGGUAGACAAAAUACAACUAAACAGAACUAAACAGAAAUAUAAAGGAUUAAGCAAUAGAGGUUAGUUUAGACAUUAAGGUGACCAGCCUCGUUGGUUUGUAAUAUCCAGGUAGGUUACGUAGUUUCCGGUAGGUGUACAGUAGGUUAGAACCAAAGCAAUAAGGAAUCAAAGUCCAGUAUCGAAUAAAGCAGGUAUUGAAGAUCAGGUUUUUCCCCAAGCGUAUUGAUAGCAAGCAGGUUGGUAGUAUAAAUUAGGUUGGUUCAAUGGUAUUCAGAGUAGUGCAGGUUUUCUCAGUACGAGCCAGGAUCAGAAGUCUUGUCAGGAUCAGAAUAUAAACUCCAAUCAAUGUAAAGGCAAAUUGCUUUAGCAUGGUGUGGCCUCUUAUAGCAGAUUUAAUGAUCUUGCUAUGCAGGUAAGAGUAACUGAGGUUAGACUAGUGGCUAGGGAGGUCACUAGUGGUGGAAAACUGUAAUUGUAGAAAAUAAAACGGCAUUUAAAAAAAACAUAAUUUUGGUUGUCAGGAUAGGAUCCUGACAGGUAACUUGUAACUCAAACCCAGAAUGCUAAGCGGUAGCCAUGAACGUGCUCACAUCCCACUGCGCAAUUUUAAUAAAAGUAAAAAUAUGAAAUGAGUAUUAGUGCCGGUCACUUUGAUUCAACCAUAUUAAGCACACGCUAUUAAGCAACCUAGUCAUUUAUAAUGGCAUCUGCAAGUACUUCAUGUAUGGUGAAACCAAUUCUCCAAUCGUAUGUGAAAUUAUAUAACUGUUCAAUGCUUCUUUAUAAAUCGUGUUACUUUUAGACACUAUAGUUUUUAAUUGUCAGUACCUCAAAUACAUGUUUUUACUCCUCUGUUACAUUUUCCGUUGAUAUUGUUCCCUCUGUUUUGCUAUGAACUUUAUUGAGUAUGGUCUUGAAAUCUUGUUGAGACCAGUACAUGCGCUAAAUCAUUACAUCGCUGCAUAUAUCGAGGUCAGUGGACAUUCUGAGGAUCUAAAACUUUGUCAAUUCUCAACAGAUGCCUUAGGAGGAGAAAUGCAUUUGCCCAGCCCUCUGAAGGAUCUACAGACUGUCUUUUAAAACAGGCUCUUACAUGGAGGCUUUCAUGGUAGUGGGCAUGUGGGCAAGGCUGUAUCAUAAACUUUCUGGGAUUAUCUCUUCAUUUAGGAAAAGCAAAUAAACCCUUGAGCUGGGAAUGAGGAAUGAUUAAUGUACAACAGUCAGGUCACAUGGACCAGGAAAAAAACACAUUUCUGUGGUGACUAUUGAAAAUGUAAUACUUUGCUGCAGAAUCACUUCCGUUUUGUACUGCAAAAAUCAAUAUUUUACACAUACUUGAGACUCUUCAAUGGAAUCAUGAAAAAAUCAAGUAUUUUGAGACAUACACCCUAUUUAUAGCAUGUUAAAGCCUGUAUAUAACAUUAUUUUUUUUUAAAUGCCAUAUAAUGCCUGGCACAGACCUCUGAGUUAUGUUCUCCCCCACCCCCAGAUCACACAAUAACCACCAUAUCUUCUGAGCAGGCCGUGAGAUAAGUAUAAUGACAUGAUUACUGUGCUUAGAACUCUGAAAGCUGUGGCGCAAAUUAUAGCUCACUUUAGUGAUUUCAGAAAAAGCAACAUUAGUUUUAAAGGGACACUAAAGUCACCAGAACCACUACAGCUUAAUGCGGUGGUUCUGGUGUCCAUAGCAUGUCCCUGCAGGCUUUUCAAUCCAAGUGCUACCUUUUCCAGAGAUGGAUUCGUCCUUGAACCUAGUCUAAACCAAUAUCAACUGAGUUCAGAGAGACUACCUAAAUAAAGUCUACACUGGACAAGAAGACAUUAUCGUGCCACAGAAGAAGAAAUUAGUCUAUAUAUAGUACUACAGAAAAGUUCCCAAUUUAGUAGAAGUAGCAAUGAGAAUUAAAGUUCAGGGAGGAUAUACAAAUAACUCCUUAUAUGACAAUGAUUUAUCCAAUAUGCAAUACAUAGAUUGUUGCCGAUUGCUGUACUCACACAUAUGCACUGAGCAUUGUCCUAAAGAAUAACUGGUGUGGCACGUAACACACAUAUGUUAUGAAAGCUACCAGCUAAGGUUCUUCUCAUGUAUUUACAGGGAGUGCAGAAUUAUUAGGCAAGUUGUAUUUUUGAGGAUUAAUUUUAUUAUUGAACAACAACCAUGUUCUCAAUGAACCCAAAAAACUCAUUAAUAUCAAAGCUGAAUAUUUUUGGAAGUAGUUUUUAGUUUGUUUUUAGUUAUAGCUAUGUUAGGGGGAUAUCUGUGUGUGCAGGUGACUAUUACUGUGCAUAAUUAUUAGGCAACUUAACAAAAAACAAAUAUAUACCCAUUUCAAUUAUUUAUUAUUACCAGUGAAACCAAUAUAACAUCUCAACAUUCACAAAUAUACAUUUCUGACAUUCAAAAACAAAACAAAAACAAAUCAGUGACCAAUAUAGCCACCUUUCUUUGCAAGGACACUCAAAAGCCUGCCAUCCAUGGAUUCUGUCAGUGUUUUGAUCUGUUCACCAUCAACAUUGCGUGCAGCAGCAACCACAGCCUCCCAGACACUGUUCAGAGAGGUGUACUGUUUUCCCUCCUUGUAAAUCUCACAUUUGAUGAUGGACCACAGGUUCUCAAUGGGGUUCAGAUCAGGUGAACAAGGAGGCCAUGUCAUUAGAUUUUCUUCUUUUAUACCCUUUCUUGCCAGCCACGCUGUGGAGUACUUGGACGCGUGUGAUGGAGCAUUGUCCUGCAUGAAAAUCAUGUUUUUCUUGAAGGAUGCAGACUUCUUCCUGUACCACUGCUUGAAGAAGGUGUCUUCCAGGAACUGGCAGUAGGACUGGGAGUUGAGCUUGACUCCAUCCUCAACCCGAAAAGGCCCCACAAGCUCAUCUUUGAUGAUACCAGCCCAAACCAGUACUCCACCUCCACCUUGCUGGCGUCUGAGUCGGACUGGAGCUCUCUGCCCUUUACCAAUCCAGCCACGGGCCCAUCCAUCUGGCCCAUCAAGACUCACUCUCAUUUCAUCAGUCCAUAAAACCUUAGAAAAAUCAGUCUUGAGAUAUUUCUUGGCCCAGUCUUGACGUUUCAGCUUGUGUGUCUUGUUCAGUGGUGGUCGUCUUUCAGCCUUUCUUACCUUGGCCAUGUCUCUGAGUAUUGCACACCUUGUGCUUUUGGGCACUCCAGUGAUGUUGCAGCUCUGAAAUAUGGCCAAACUGGUGGCAAGUGGCAUCGUGGCAGCUGCACGCUUGACUUUUCUCAGUUCAUGGGCAGUUAUUUUGCGCCUUGGUUUUUCCACACGCUUCUUGUGACCCUGUUGACUAUUUUGAAUGAAACGCUUGAUUGUUCGAUGAUCACGCUUCAGAAGCUUUGCAAUUUUAAGAGUGCUGCAUCCCUCUGCAAGAUAUCUCACUAUUUUUGACUUUUCUGAGCCUGUCAAGUCCUUCUUUUGACCCAUUUUGCCAAAGGAAAGGAAGUUGCCUAAUAAUUAUGCACACCUGAUAUAGGGUGUUGAUGUCAUUAGACCACACCCCUUCUCAUUACAGAGAUGCACAUCACCUAAUAUGCUUAAUUGGUAGUAGGCUUUCGAGCCUAUACAGCUUGGAGUAAGACACCAUGCAUAAAGAGGAUGAUGUGGUCAAAAUACUCAUUUGCCUAAUAAUUCUGCACUCCCUGUACUUUCAUAUUCUAUGUGUCAGCUAAGCUGCCAUCUUUGAGCUAACUUUAACCUCGUUGCCAAAGAAACUUGCUGCUCAGUCUAUGAUACGUGAAUGGUUUCUUCAAAUAGAAACAUAUUUCGAGCUACACCAAGAAACGGCCUGCUUGCUGCAAAGCACUUGGUAACUACUGGUACUGAAUUAAUUUUCGAGGGCUGUGAAGUCGGUACACAAAACCUUCGACUCCAACGCCUCAAUUUAUGAUACCUCCACCUUCAGUCCUUACAUUAUGUUUUUAUACACUUAUGGCCAAAAUUGUGGGAACCUUUUGGAAAAUGUCUAUUACGGAGGCUCAUAACAUUAGUCUUUUUUAGAAUAAUACCAUCAAAUGAUAUAUCAUGAUAAAGAUAAUUUAAUGCAGAUUGCAUUGCAACAACCAGAAAACAAAACACAACUGCCUUAUGGUAGAUGUAGUCCACAACAUCUGGAGUGCCGAAGGUUGCCUACCCCUGCCCUAAUGCUUUGUUAAUACAUGCAACGUAUUGCCUUAAUCAUACCUUUUUAUCUCUUCCAACGUCUGUAAUAGAAUUUUCAGAGUGCAUGCCAUCACUGUUAUUAUUUGAUUGAGUAUACUUAGCAGCCAUUAUUUACUCUUUAUACACAAAUUUGGGGAGAAGUAGGAAAUUACAUUACCCCUUGCGGCAUUGUAUCAUUCAUAUAUAAACCCAGCUGACCGGCUGGAGAGAUACAUAUCAUUGCAAAUGUAUAUCUAUAAAAUGUAGACUAUACACUUGUGUUUUGUUUGCUUUCUUUAUUCUUUAUUAGUUUAUUUAGUAAAAGCCUAAUCAGGAAAUCAGCAUAUGAAUCUUUUAUUAUGUAGUUUUAUGUAUACAAGGACUCUAAAUGAUUUGCGCAAUGAAUAAAUGCAUUCGUAUAAUGAAGAAUAAAUUACUAAUGAAUGGAAUUUGCUGAGUUUUAAGGAUCCUUUCAUUGUUUUUGAUGUGUAUAAGCAAAAGUAAUUUUACUUAUGUGAAAUUUUUUUUUAAUAAAAAAAUGUCAUCACACGGUUUUCAACUGUGGUUUCAAAAAAAGUCCAGAAAGAACACAAAACGUCAACAUUUUGAGAAAUGGCUAGAUUAUGGACUGUUGGUGUGCCCUGAGAACUGGGGUGGGAUCCAGUAGUUUAUAACACCCUAAACCAGGGGUAGUCAACCUGGUCCCUACUGCCCACUAGUGGGCAGUUUGGGAUUUCAGGUGGGUGGUAGUGGGUUCUGCAGAGAACACCCAGUGGGCCUCGAUGGCCAUGGACCAAGGACGGUAGGGGGGAUCCUUUCAUCUCCACUGCCGGCCCAAGUAGAGCCAGCUUUGCUGUAAGCCCCCUUGGGCAUAUGUCUCCCCCCCGGUAAAAUCUAAGAAGAAGGGAGGGGGGAGACAUUAAGAUAGAUUUUCAUAUCUCACCCACCUACACACAGCAUAGACCCUAUGCACCCUUCACACCCUUCACACACACUACACCCCUCACACCUGCACUGCCACCCCAUAAUUUACCCACCCACCGCCCCUUCAUACACACACUGCACCUCUCACGCACACACUGCACCCUUCACACACACAGCACCUCACAGACACAUAGAAAAAAGUAUAGAAAAAAAAUAGAAAAUAUAAAAAAGGGAAAAUACAUUUUUAAAAAGUUGCACUUGCGCUAUAAAAUUAGUUACCUCGUCACUGGUGGGUGGUAAGGAAAUUUUACCAUCAUCAAAGAUACAAAAGUGGGCGGUUGGUAUUAAAAGGUUGACUACCCCUGUCCUAAACCUUUACCCAGGUGCAAGUAAGAAAAUUAUUUAUUCAAAUCAUACAAUACCGUUCUCCAGCAGUACCUUUCAAAUUUGAUCCGUUUAUUUAGACAACUAUAUCAACAGUAACAUUUGGUGUCUUCAAGACUUUUUAACCCCAUCAGUGUCAUCGGUAGCAGGUACACUUUGAUUUAUAGAUCAGCAAUAGAUUUUUGUGCAAAUAAAUUGAAUAUAGUAUAAACUGUAAAUUCUUCAUUUCCUGUCAUUGAGGGUAUAUGUUUUUUAAAUUAAUUUUCUUUUGAAUAAGCCUCUGACAUUUAAUAAUGUACCAUCAAGUUUCCAUCGUUUCAUGUGAAUUUGAUUGAAAAACUGGUUCCUGAACAAGACGUGACAAGCAGUCACAACACAAAGACCAGUAAUUAAUAUUAUUAUCUGUGGCAGUACUACCUCUAGAAUUACAAGAUACACAUCGUUCUCGAGGAGGCUAUUUCUUCUCUGAAAUAAUAUCAUCCUAAGGAUAAUUUACCCCCUUUCAUUAAUAGACAUAAAUUGUCUUUAUUUUAGGAAACUGAAUCUGAACACUGAUUAGAGUCUAGUGAUCUACAUUUUGUUUUUGUUUUUUAUUCUUAUACUUCCAGAGAGUGCUUCAGGUUUCUCCCAAAAUUAAAUAAUACAAUCUGCAUUUUUUUUAAUACUAAUUUAGUGUAUGCAUGUCUCAGAUUAGAUAGAUAGAUAGAAUUCUAAUUUCAGCAAGACCCUCUUCAACUUUUUCUAAAAGGUUUUUAUAUUACUACUUGUUAUCAUAGGACAGGGAUAGGCAACCUAUGGCACUCCAGAUAUUGUGAUCUAUAUCCCCCAUAAUGUUAUACCCAUAAUGCUGGCAAAGCAUCAUGGGAGGUGUAGUCCAAAACAUCUGGAGUACCAAAGGAUGCCUUUGCCUGUCAUAGGAGUUGCUUGUCAGGGGCAUUGGGGACUGAAGCUCCGGAUGGGGCUGUUUACAAUUGGUUCUCCACAGUUGGUGGGGGAGCAGGUGGAUAAUAAUAGUGUUGCUUUUUUAUAUUUAAUUUUAAAUCGGGCAGCUGCUUUUUAAUGCAUCCACCUGUUAUAGAAAAAAAGAUUAUUAGAAUAGUCCUCCGCCAUGCCACUUAGGGUGGAAUGGCUUGUGUCUCCCAGGUGACUGUCAGGAAAAGGUGCUAGGCUACAGAACUUUGUGGCCCACCAAUCCAUUCUUUAUGUAGCUUACCAGGAUUGCACUGAAUAGCUGGCUAUGUUGCAUGUGCUUGUUUCAAGCUAUGCUGUCAAUGAGAUUCCAGGGAGCAUCAUCAGCAUGUCCUGUAUGGGUUUAGUGGACAGGACAUAACAUAGAAACACAGGGAUAUGUUCUAAUAUAUCCCUACCUCUUUGUCAGUGUAGGUGUCACAAAGUUUUCCUCUGGGCUCCAUGUAUUUCUCGAACCUUGCAACGCCAUGCUGUUUAUUUUAUAAUCCCUCUAUAUAUGGUAAAGAACUCUGCAAUACGUUGGCGCUAUAUAAUUGAUAAUAAUAAUAUUAACAGAACACUAUAGGUUCAGGAACAUAAAUAUGUAUUCCUGACCCAAUAGUGUUAAAAAAACACAAUUUAGCCCCGCCCUCAAUCCCUCUGUUCCUGUGUGUCAAACUUGUCUGGUUACAAUUACAUGUUUGUUAGUCCACCCAUUGUACAGCACUACGGAACUUGUUGGCACUAUAUAAAUAUAAUAAUAAUAAUAAUAAUGUUUGUAAAAAAAAAAAAAUGUUAGGAGGUAAUGUGUACUACAUUACAUCCAGGGAUGAUAGAAGGUUCUCUGGAACAAGUGUGUUUUGGAGGAAAAUGUGUGUUUGAAAAUUGUCUCAAAGUGGAAUUGUCACCGUCUGGGGACUUUGCAUAACUUACAAAGGGCCGCAACUGUGACAUCACCGCUGGGAGUCCAGUGGCUGGGGGGGCAGGGAAAGGUGAGUUUAACUUACCUGAACCUGUUCCUCGCUAACAUCUCCAUCCUCUUCUGGACAGUCCUCUUCUGCCCCUGGUGCCUAAACUGCCAGGAGCCGAUGUCACUGCAGUGCUCUUGCGCAUGCAUGAGAGUACAGCAUUGAGGUCUGCACCACAGCUCGGAGCCUGACAUUUCUUGAGAGCAGUAGCUCCACCCAGUGUCAAGAAGUAUGAAAUUUAAGAGAAAUAAUGAGACAACAUCGUCCCUACUUUGUCUCAGUUUAUCUUUUGACUGGGUUGGAAUUUUAGUUAGAUUACAACACAUUUUUUUAAACUUUAUCUUUUUUUUAUCUUUAUUAAAUACUAAUUUUGCAGGAGGGGGUGGACAGUUCUGCUUAAAAGCGGCACUGUCAUGCCGAACUUACCUUUCUUUAAUCGAUUCCUCUUCUCUCCCUCUCUCAGGAUCUGUUCUUCAUAUCUUCCUGUCUGCUCUAUUUUUCUUUAAAACAUAAGACAAAGUAGGGACUACUUCGUCUUAUGGAGGUUUCCUAUGUCUGACCAGGUAUGGCCAGCGGAGGAGCAACGUGUGCUUCAUUUACUGUGGUCAGAGCAAUUUUCCUACAAUUUCCACCUUUGAUCCGUGAUCUCGCAAUGCUUCCUCUCAGUAUUCCCGAACGUCCUGUCACUUAGACAGAACGCCAGCGAAACCACUGAAUUUUCGUCCUAACAGAAUGAAAACAGUUUGUUCAUUCAUGUUAGGACGCAAUUCAGGACUUUGUUCGGAUCGGAAUUUCAUUAGACUGAAUGAAACUCCGAUCCUAUUCGUGCUGCGGCUGCAUCUUGCAGCCGCUUAGUAGAUAGCUCCCUAAUUCCCAGGGUAAUAGGGAGCUAUAUACCAAAAGGGCGAAAGACUGAAAUUGGUCUUUCAGCCAAAUUUACUAAUACUAAGUGAAAAUUACUUAGUAUUAGUAAAUUCUGCCCCUACUCACUAUAUCGCGAGUAGGGGCAACCUAUGGCUGCUCACGGUUUAAAAAAAUUAAAUAAAUAAAUAACCCCACCCCCUCCCCCUCGAUAAAUGGCCCCAUGAUGGGGCAUCUCUUAACUACCCUGGGGGACCUUUUGUCUUCUUCCCCGCCCCACACCUGAGCGUGGGGGACCCUAAAUAACAAUAAGGGGGGCCUAUUGUCCUCCCCCUGGCCCCCACCCAUGAGCGGCAGGUGGGGGCCCUAAAUAACAAUAAGGGGGGAACUUUUGUCCUCUCCCCCACCCCAGAGUGGCAGGAGGCCCUAAAUAACAAUAAGGGGGGCUAUUGUCCUCCCUCCCCCCCCGGCCAAACCCCUAAACGGCAGGUGGAGGCUCUAAAUAACAAUAAGAGGGGGAACCUAUUGUCCUCCCGCAUGGCCCCCACCCCUAAACGGUGGGUGGGGGCCCUAAAUAAAAAUGGGGUGGGGCCUAUUGUCCCACCCAAGAAAAAAAUAAUAAACUCCUGCCUACCCCCCUCACUCCAAAAAUAGUGAGAAACAAUAAAACUAAAUCCCUGUAAAUAAAACAUAAUUUACCAUUUGAUGCCUUGUUUUUUCUAAAAUCCCCCAGUCACCUGGGGGGGUUAACAUUUUCACACAUUCAGCAUAUGUAUCUUAGUGCUAUGCAGAGUGCUGCUGGGUGCUGGGUUCACUUUAAAGGGACACUAUAGGCACCCAGACCACUUCAUUUCAUAUCCUAUAGUGUUCCUUUAAUCGGUUUAUCAAUGAUUUUGCAUAGGGCACUGAAAGUAAAUUGUGAGCAUGUACAGAUGGCCCACGUGUAAUAUAGUUUGAAAACACUACCUUUUCUUGAAAUAACAUCUAAACCCAUAACAUACCCAGAUUUUGCUGCAUUGCUGUAUGCAUGUUGGGAGUAAGUGGAUUAAUGGCAACAUUAUUAACCCCAUUCAUGACAAAUGAACACUACAGUUGUGGUUUAAAAGAAUUUACCUAUUCCCUUGUUAUUUGUUAGGAGCUCUAAUUAAAAAUACAAGUUGGAGGUGAUCAAUUGUCCGUUACUCCCCACCUGCCAGGUGGGUCCCUGGCUAGGUGUCCCCGAGCCCUUAGCUACCUUUAUUACACUAAAAUUAACUUACCUACCCAUCUCACCCUAAUAUUAGAGGGGUCAAUAACACUAAUGCCUGUAAUGCUUACCACCAGAUGCCUUCUUUCUUCAAAGUCUUCUUUUUUUCAGCCCCACUAAAAGCCAAAACCAAAUCCAUAAUGACCCAAAGCUACUAUCGAAAAAAUGAAAGGCCUGAAUCGCAAACGAAAAAUUGACAAAAACAAAAAUGUAAUAUAAGAAAAAAAAAAAUCAAUUUGAGCCCCUUCAGGACUCCGUUUAGAAUGAGGUCAGAAUUCCGGAUUGGUUUACUUGCCUGGGAAUGGAUUUUGCAGUCUGAAUUUGGUACGGGGCCAUUCGGACUUGUCAGAUUACUGUUUUACUGUGAUUUCUAACAUUUGAUACUGAAUUCCAGAAGUGUUUUGUAAUAUGUUAGAUGUAUGAGAGAGACAGCAGCACAAUAUCAUAAAUUAUCAGUUGUUUAAUACAUAGAAUACUAAUUAAAAUAAUCAAAAUAGGAACCGGGCAGUUUGUGAGUACUAGACAAUCUUUGCAAUAACAGUCCAUUGACCUUUAGUAAUGAGUACAGUUUUUUGCUCUGAUGGGUUAACAUUCCAAUAUACUUGCAAAGCGAGGGACUAUCAUUGUUCUGUAACAGAUACGGACCUACAGCAGCCAAAUAUGAAGAACACCCAGUUUGCAGCAAUCAUAGUUUAAAACAAAUCUACUUAACCCCUUAAGGACGUGUGACAUGUCAUGAUUACCUUUUAUUCCAGAAGUUUGGUCCUUAAGGGUCAAAUUGUUUUAAGCUAUCCCUCUAGUAAGGCAUCUGAUUCUUACUGCAGCCCCUAUGAUAACAGCCCCUCCCCACCUGUAGUAGGCUCAGGAUAAUUAACCUCUUCUUCUAAAAAAUUGACAUAAGAUAAUGAACAAGUGCCAUGCUUUAUGGAAUAGUGGUUUAAAUGGUUGCAAAUGUUUCUUCAAAUUAUUAUGUAAACCGUACCUGUUUAAUCUUUGCGCCCUGCCCUUAGCUACCCUUCCAUACAAAACAAAAAGAAAUGGAUCUUAAAACACGUUUUGUUUUUUUAUGUCUCUUAACAAUACGCAAGCAGGGGCUAGCUUAAACCAAAAAAAUCUACAUUUCAGAAUGCCCCAUGCUUCCUCUCUUCUGCACAUAGUUAAAGGGUUUCUCCAACCCUUUAUCCAUAUUUUGUUAGUGUCUUUUAUAAUACCCUAUUAAGAAAUUGUUACUUGCUUUGAAGCCAGGCCAAGUGCCUUUUACAUCAUCAUGCUGCAUCACUAUUUUCCUCUCAGAAGUCCAAUCAAAUGCUUCUCACAGAGAUACAUUAUUAUACCUCGAGCGCAUGCGCUGCAAUCCACCAAUCAGGUCUUCUGAUUGAUUGAAAAGCUUUGGCUCUAAUGCUUCUCUGUCUGAAGCAGUGAAUGCUUCACUGCACAUAUGCAUCCAUGAGUGGUGAGAUGAGCUGAGUGACAGCUCAUCUCACCACUAAAACCCACCAAACUUCCAAUCCCAAGGGGAAGGUGGAAGGGACAGAAGACUGCCCAGAGAGUAGGGGUUGGACACAAGGAAGCAGAAUAAAUGGAGGCAGGGGGAAGCUUCACCAUUACAGGACUGUCUCCAAGGGACGAUGAAUGUAUUUUUUGCACAGAACUCAAACUAGGCAGUCAAGAACAGGGUUCCAUGCUGGAAGUCAAUUGUCCUUUUCAAUUGUCCUUUUCCAAGCCAGUUUAGUGAAUGGGGAGUUACUGAUUGGCAGAGAGCAUCAGUUGACCACUCUCAACCAAUCAGCGGUGCCCCUGCCUGGUGGCACUCCACGCUUCCUGAAUCUGAAAAUUCAGAAGCCAGAUGCCUCAUGGGGGAAGUGGACAUCGCAGCUGGAAGCAACUUUGGGCUUAAACCGUUCGACUGCCUACAGGGGCAUCCUGGCACCAUAACAAUUUAAUUUAGAUGCAGUUGUUAUGGUGCCUGAUAUGUCCCUUUAAGUAAACUGCAUUUCUAACUGCGGAUGGAUUUUUCGCAUCCAGAUGCCUCAGGCAUGCUCAGGCAUUUAAACAAAUGAAAAAAGCUGCACUGUAUGUGUGCGUGUGUUCCAUUUAUACAGUAGUAUGAGGGUUAAACUAAUUUACUCGCCAUGCCUGGUAUGUCCGGGAGGAUAUAUAAAUAAAAAAAUGCAGGAACCCGUAAGAUGUAAAAACUGAGCAGAGUUUCAUUUUUGGAACUCCAAUGGUUCAUAUGUUUUUUACCUACUAGCCUUGUACCCUGAUUCUUUCAUUCUCUUCAACAAGCACAGUGAUUUCCGCUCUUAUCUACUACACCACUGGCGUAGGAAAAAACCUAAUGAAGAGAUUAGGAGACGCAGCAGAAACUGUUAACAUUAGAAACAGUUUCAGUUUGUGGUCCAGGAGCAGGUGCAACGUGUAGUGUGGAGUCUAAAGCCCAAAUAACUGCAAAACAUGCGGGUGAAGAGCUCCCUCUACAGGCCACAAACAGACAGGCGUUACCAGCCUCCAACAGCCUUUGACAAAACGCAGUGCAGUCUUAAAAUAUACCUAAUUAACUCACAUCUUUCCAAAUAUUCUAUAUUUUCCAAAGGUUUGGGAAAGGGGUGGAAGAAACAGCAACUAUACCUUAAUCGCCAUUCCGGCAGACUUUCAGAAUACAUAAUAUCUUUAAUGUGUAAGCAAGGGGUUAAUUAAUAUUCUUCCUGUAUAAAUUAGCAAUGAAUCAUUUCAUCAGCAUCGCUGGCACUAUAAAUAUCUAUUUUUUUUCUCCCUCCUCUUUGCAAAUCACAAUAAAUUCUAAUUUAACAGCUCCGCUUGCCUCUCUGUUUGACAAAGCUGCCUCUCAGCAGAGCUCUGGAAUCCGUCCGCUUCAGCUAGUUGAAGCAAUAAUCCAGAAUGCUUCUGAUGGCCUGAUCGUGUCAUUUGUCAUGACUGCUCAAUCUGCCUGGGCUCAUUACUGAUGUAAUGACCGUGCACAGGCUGCACAUCGCCCUUCUCUGUGAGUAGGAGGGAUCAAAUGACCCUUACAGUCUAACUACCAGACAUUAACAUUACGAGCCACCCCAGCACAGUAUGAUUAAAGCAAAACUCUGCUUAUUGUGCUAAACAAAGUGCAACACCUUAACUACCCGAGGUGCAUCCUAACUCGGCACAGCUAUAUAAAUGCAAAUUUUAUUCUGUUCCAUCAUACGCACCUUCGUGGCAGAUUAUUCUAGUUAAGUCUUUGCAUGCAUGUAUAAAUCAUUCCCUUGGGGUAGGACUGUCUAAGCGGUGCAUCUAAUCCAGUUUUUAGAGUAAAACUCCCAUCAUGAUAAGCUGUUAUAUGACCAAGGAUAAUAUGGAUUGUAGUCGGAAAGGUUGUGUUCUUCAAAUGAUGAUUUAUGAAAAUGAAUGCGUGGGUUUUCAAGCAUGGUUUUCAGCAGAGCCAAACUUUGAAAAAUACAGGGUCCAAAACAGAGUGAACCCAUGAAUUCACCCCCUGCCUUGGGCUUUUCCACGCAGUUUUGUAAUUUAGUGUGAUUCGGUGCGUAGUUUGUUGCUUAUUAUUGUUUUGCUCUGUUACUACACAAAAUUUAUGGAUGGCCCUGUUCCAUUUCCUCCUACUCGUUAGUGCUCAGUGUAAGUAUUCGCCUCGCUAUCCUCUCUUGUAAGUUUUGUAUUUUGUCUGUCCUUUUUGUUCUCUUAUCUUGUGUUUGUGUAUUGUUCACUUUGCUUUUUUUCCUCCCUUACUUUUGCCUGAUGUCUUUUUUUUGUUCUAUCUCCUCAGUUCCCUUGCUUAUUUGUCUCCUCUUUCCCAUUUAUGGGCGUUGACAUUACUUGUUCUCUAUUUUGGAGUCCCUUGUCCUGCAUUUGUAACCCCCACUUUUUUUCACUUCCAAUAUUGUCCUCUCUUUUUUACCCUCCCUCUAUCUCUCUCUUCCUUGUGCGUUUUUAUAUAUUUUGUAUAUAUUUUUUUUAUUAUUUACUUUUCUAUGCUCUAAGUCCCUUUUACACAUUUAAUCCUCUGUUGCUUCCCCUUAGUGUUUUCACCUUUAAAUUAUUUGGGCUGUCAGUAAGAAGCAUCAUGCAACUACAUUUAAGUGGAUAAUUUGUGCUGACACAUGUGAUAUCAAUGGACAUUACAUUGUAAUGCAGCCAGGACUGGGAUCAUACAGCAAGGGCCACAUGGUAACUGGGGGGCAAAGUCUUGUAUUGCAGUGCCUGUCAUAUACCAUGAGCACUACCGAGUCGUCAAUAUGCAAUGUGAAUGUGAUUAUUAUAAUAUAACUGUAUCAUUUUGUGUAUUCAAUAUAGCUAUUUAUAAUAUUUACCUUUAUGAUUGCAGAUGUCACAAAAUAAGGAGGGGGCCUCUUUAGGGCCCAACAUCGUUUCAAAUUAAACUUCAAGCAUAAUAUUGUGACAAAUACUGCUACAGAACAACGACAAUAGCUAGAACAAUUAAAACUGGAUUAAUAUUUACACGUUGUGCCAUGUUGUUAUGCAGCUUUUUUUUUACUAUAAAUUAUAUUAAAUAAAUAAUAAUACAAAUGCAAAAUGGAAUGGAGCCUUGGCUAUUGUUGCUUCUCUAAUACCCAUCUGUCUUCUAGCUAGGAGCACCUUCUUUGUUUACAGAAAAUUUUACAAGCAUCUGUUUAUCCACUUGACAUUGAGUGAGAUAUUACAAUGAUUCUUCCCACUUGCAGCAAUUAAAAGCACAUGACUGUUGUCACAUUUGCAAGUAAUGGAUAGCAAAAAACGCUGUUUCUCUGUUGGCAGUAAAUAAUAUACCUAUCUGUCACAGUACGCUGCAACUUGGACAUACACCCCAGGUUUCUUGGUUUUCAACUAUAAGUUUUUUCCUUGUUCUAUCUGGUGGCAGGAAAUGGUACAUGCAUUAGAUACCCCUAUUUUAUUAAGGGUUACAGUUGGAACAUGCUGUUGUUUUUUCUUAGCUAAGAAGAACUGAUACAUGUAAUUCAGCACAAAUAGGCUCACAUUAUAAUUAGGCCUCGGUAAUCAAUCCGUAAGAUUUUUUUUACUUUCACUAGGUAUCAUAUGCCUCCCAACCAUCCCAAUAAUGGCGAUACAGUCCCAAUUUUCAGGUCUUAUCUUGUCAUCGCUGCAGGGACUGGCAUUAGAUAAUAGGCAAGCAGCCAGGCUAACCUGCAAGUAAACUGAACAGGUCUGCCUCCUUUCCAAUCUCGACAGCCCCCAUUCGGGCAGAGCCAACAAUGCAAUCACAUCACUGGCCAGCCCCUUUACCUACCUCUCACCUGCAUCCUGCUUCUUUGCGUUGGUAUUGUGCAACAGUUAUCAAAGCAAUCACAAUCCGAAAUUCGCAAAUCUUUUGUUAACCAGUAAUGUCACUAAUAAUAGAAAACAGUUGUCUAAAACCAGGACAAAGCCAUUAUUUCAUAAUUAAUCAUAGAUCAAUCAAAAGGACAAUAUCACAAUAUUAAACACAGAACUAAUUGGCAGCACAAGCAAUUUUUAAUUCCAUUUCAGGUUGAAGAUUAUAGACAACAAGUGCAUUGAUGAUUCUCAUAGGUGACAGUUAUAUCAUUAACCUGUUAUGUUCCAUAUAAUGUUUAUUAGUCUCUAAGUUAUCUCUGAAUGGUAUUUCACAUAUGUGUAUUAAUCCUUCUUGUCAAUUCUGCUUGUUAUUUUUUAGUUACAGAGCUCAUUUGUCCUUUAAUUGGUGUAAUUAUCAAUACAUUGUACACAGGGCCGGUGCAAAGAUUUUUGCCGCCCUAGGCAAAAGAAAAAUCUGCACCCCCCUCCCCUCCAAUAUGACAUCACAAUGCCCCACCCAUAUGAUCUGCCAUAUUAACUAACGCCAGUGCUGCACACAGUGUGUGUUUACAUUAAAAAGCCUUUAGAGACAGGCUAUAGACACCAGAACCACUUCAUUAAGCUGCAGUGGUUCUGGGGACUAUAGUGUCCCUUUCAUGUGAGGUAAAUUAGAGAUUAGUGUCACUGAUAAUAUACUAGAUUGCCUAUUUACAACCAGAUGGGGAUGAUGAUGCAGUUUGGCUCCACUGGUCUGGUGAAGAACAGGAUGUCUGGAGGCUGUUUGCAACUGUGGUCACAAAAAUCAAUGUUCUAGGAGAACGGGAAGCAUAAGGGAUGCAAAGUGUGUUUCUGUGUGUGUAAGGGAUGCAGUGUGUGUGUCUGUAAGGGGUACAUUGAGUGUGUGUAAGAGAUGCAUUGUGUUUCUGUGUGUGUGCAAGAGAAGCAGUGUGUGUUUGCAUGUGCGUGUAAGGGAUGCAUUUUGUGUUUCUAUGUAUGUGCGCAAAGGAUGCAUUGUUUUUGUGUGUAAGGGUUGCAUUGUGUUUGUGUCCAAUCCAUCCCUUAGAGCUCUCCCCUGCCCCUUAGUGGUCUCUCCACUUCUCCCCUGUCCCUUAGUGGUCUCUCCUCUUCUCCCCGACUUUCCAUUAGUGGUCUCUUGUCUCCCCCUUAGUGGUCUCUGCUCUCCUCUGCCCUCCCUAGUGGUCUCUCCUCCCCCCCUUUCCAUUAGUCAUCUCACCUCCCCCCCCUUUUCAUUAGUGGUCUCUCCUCUCUUCCCCCCCCUUUCCAUUAGUGCUCUCCUCCCUCCUCCCCACCCUUAGUGGUCUCUCCUCUCCCCACACCUCCCUAGUGGUCUCUCCUCCACCCCCUGCCUCCCUUAGUGGUCUCUGCUCUCCCCCCACCCUCCCUUAGUGGUCUUUCCUCACCCACCCUGCCCUAGUGGUGUUUCCACCACCCCUCCCUCCCUUAGUGGUCUCUCCCCACCCACGUUCUCCCCCCCCUCCUUUAGUGGACCUCGGCCCUAUUCUCCUCACCCUCCCUCCCACGUUCUCUUCACCACCUCCCUCCCUUAGUGGUCUCUGCUCUCCCCCACCCUACUUUAGUGAUUUCUCCUCACCCCCUCCUCUAGUGGUCUCUCCACCAGCCCCUCGCCUCCCUUAGUGGCCCCUCCACCAUGUUCUCCUCAACCCCCAAGUUCUCCUCACCCCCUCCCUCCCACGUUCUUUUACACACACCCUUCCCUCCCUUAGUGGACUUUUCCCUGUCCCUCCCCCAUUAUCCUCACCCUCCUCCCACAUUUUCCUCAACACCCCCCUCCCUUAGUGGACGUUCUCCUCACCCUCCUUCGUUCUCCUAAACCCCCCUUUCUCCUCACCCCCUCUCCCGUAGUGGACUCUCACCCCCCAACAUGUUCUCCUCACCUUCCCUUCCCUGUGUAGCAUGGCUGAGCUCCUCUCCGGUCCAUGUUACAGGAGCUUCUGUUAUCUGUACCCGGCCUUACUGACAGGAAGUGCUCACUGUUGGCCGGACAGCUGAGGGAGAGGGAGGCUCGUGGAAGAUUUAGCCAUAUGGGCAGGCGCGCAAGGGAGCUGUAACCUCCCUUCUCUGCUCCUUCGCGCGCCCUCUAGUGAUGCCGGGAGCCGGUAUAUGACGUCAUUCCCGGCAUCACUAAACAGCGUUUUAUGGAGCAGAGCAGGGAGAUGACUGAAGCCCCACUGGACCACAGGGAAAGCCAAUCCACUCAAGCUCUCCCAAAAGGUAGGGAGGCUGGGUGGUCACAUUAAUGUGUGUGAGUGUGUGUCUCAAUGAGUGAGUGUGUCAGUGAGUGAGUGUCUGAGUAAGUGUGUCUGUGAGUGAGUGUGUGUCUGUGUGAGUAUGUGUAUCUGUCUGUGUGUGUGUGUCUGUCUGUGUGUGUCUAUCUGUCAGUGUGUGUGUAUGUCUGUCAGUGUGUGGGUGUGUGUGUGUCAGUGAGUGAGUGUGUGUUUAGGUGACCGGUACCCCUCCAAUCACAAAGGGGCUUUCACUUAAUUUUUGGAGAUGCUAAACGUAGGUACCUGUACAUUGAAAAGUGUACAGGGACAGUUUAUAGACACAAGAACAACUACAUUAAGCUGUAUAGUAUACGUUAAGCUGUAGUGGUUCUGGUGACUAUAGCGUCCCUUUAAGAAUUGCAUAUUUGAGAUUGAAAAGCCUGGCUCCUAACUUUAUUUGCUGGCUCCUAGAUUCCAAGCAAAUUUGUCAAGCCCUGGCUUAAAGUGCUUCAUUUUUUACUUUUCUGCUUAUUUGUUGGAGGCUAUAGGUGCAUCUUGUUGCUGCCUGAGCAAUAUAAAACUGAUGUGUCUAUUUGCACCAAGCCUCUUUGUCUUAAAUAUUAAUAAAAAUAGAACAUAGAAAAGCAAAGUUCCUUACAUCCAAUAAAUAUUUCAUGUAUUACGUCAUUGGAUUAACAGGAAAAUGACUAUAUAUAUAAUAUUGUCCAUCCCUGCUUUGUGUUCUGUGUUUCUCUGCUUCUCUUCACAACUUGUUUUAAAAGGAUUUGUUUAUUCAUGAUACAACUCUGCUGAAUCACUAUGCAAGUUGCAGCAUCACUUUGAGUUUCUAAAUGCUAAAACCAUCCCAGUCACUGUGUGACCUUUGAAACAGUGUAUUUGCAUAUUCUCUAGAAAAUGUGUUCUAUGUACGUUCAAAGGAGAUUCAGCUUCUAGUUCUGUGCAAAAUUCUUAUUUUUAGUCCAUGUGCAGCCGUCAGCAUGAUUGAUUUCAAUUAUAUUGUGUAGAUAGACAGGUUUGGAGGAUAGUUUUAACGUAUGGCAAGUGUCAUGGUGCAGUAUGCCUAUUUAACAACAACAUGCAAUUAAUCUGCAAGAGAAUAGAAAGUAUUCCUUAUUGGGGGGGGUGCGGUAUAGCACAUGUAUUAAAUUAUGCAAAGGCUUUUAAGUUUUCUUGGUAGCAUUGGUUUUGAAAUAAAGGGGAAUUAGAUGGCUUCAAUAAACCAUAAAAACGGCAAUAAGUAUAUACAAUUUUUAAUCCGUGUUUUUAUUCAUUUUUAUCUUUAAACUUAUAUAAGUAUUCAGUGACUCAGAUGAUGAAAGGUUGAAAAAUAGAUUUUUAGAGAAAAGAGACCAUUAGGUGGAAAUUCAUUGAUGGAAUUGCCUAGAAAUCUCAAUAGGAAUGAAUGUGGGUAUGGUUUUAUAUAGCAGUAAGAUGGCUACAACAAAAUAUCGGGUAGUGCAAUAUCUGCACAUUACAGGCACACACAACAUGCAAACAGUCACACUGAAAAAUAAGGUGAGGUGAGGAGAGGAAGAAAGUCAGAGCCAAGACUGAGUUAAGAAGAAUGUCAUUAAUAUCGGUGUGACUAGGCACUGUAGGCAAAGGGACGGACACUGUACGUGGGCAAAUUGGACAUUUGCGCCUUAAUUCUGUGCCAUGGUACAACAAUUAGGAUGCUGCAGGGUUUCAGCAAUAUGUAUUAUGUUGGCUAGUUCUGGACCUCUGGUAUUAAUUUUCUAAAGCGGCAGUUUUCGAAACUUUCCAACAAGACGAGUAAUAUAAAAUGCGGCCGUACAAUAUCACAAACUGGGUGUUCUGAAAUUCAAACAAAACAAAAUUGUACUGUUUUGCAAAUAUGUGAGUCUCAUCUCUUUGAGGAUAAUUAACUUUUUUUUUUUAUAUAAGAAAGAUUUUCAAGAUACAGGGAGAUAAACAAACUAUUACAAAACCAAACAAUAAACAGAUGCACAUGCAUACGUAGGUAAUCAAUACAAUAAACUUUCCUACUAACCAUGCAGGUAAUCGAUACAUGCACUUAAUACCAAUGGUGUUGAAACAAAUGAAAUUCUCCAUUCGGGUUGAUGAGAUAGAUAACAUGGUUUUGCCAAAACUUUAGCAAUCUCUAAUACAUGUUUUGCUAAAUAAACCACAGGAGGUUCACUCAUUUCUAAUUGGAGAGGAGUUACGAAACAUGCAUUGAAGCAGAGACAGAUUCAGCUCUGAUUGUUUUCCAUUGGCUACACAGUAUUAAAAUUCAGAACACAUACCUCCAAACUGUGCGUAGAUGUUCUGCAAUCGGCAUUAAGCUUCAUACAAUAUGCAAAACUGAAAUUUUUUUUGUCGCUCUGCUUGUUUAUUUAUGGAUUUAGAAUCACUGCAAGAUUGUGGUUCAUAUUACUGCAGUACUUUGAAAUUGUAAAUUAUGCUAGCUUUAGUGUACCUAUAAUCUUGAUUUUAUUAAUGACAGGAGGCGAAUAUUUGCUUAAGUUUCUCUUUACUGGAACUCCACAGCAGCACAUUAACACAGAGAGAAAAUACCAAUCAGAAAAAAGUAAUGUACAAUAAAAGUCCCCUCCCAACCAACUACUUCCUCUUUCAAGUUGCGACAAAAUAAACAACGGUACAAACAAAACAAUAUAACUGUAUUCUCGGAAGAAAAAUGGAUCCAACUGAUGAUUGUCAUCCGAAGAAGGAAAUCCAAUGUCGUAUCAUAGAUGAAACUUUAAACUAAAACUAGAUAAACAGAAUCAAAACAUGCAGCCAACCAGAGAAAGGUUAAACAUUACCAAAAUCAACAGGAAUUUCACCCGAACAUUCCAGAAGUAUACAAAAGACAAAUAUACGACAGAAGUGUAAGCCCACAAAAUGGCAAAAUUACAUGAUAUACCCACCUCAGCCGACAAAACAGAACAAGGGUAGGAUGAAGAAACUGGGAGAGAAAUAUUCGCCUCCUGUCAUUUAUAAAAUUAAGAUUAUAGGUACACUAAAGUGGCAUAAUUUCCAACUUUCUAACAUGACAGGAAGCUUCAUAUUUGCUGUUUUAACACUCAGCCAACAAGGCCAACGAAGCAUGAACAGCCGGUCUGAAAUAAAAUUGCCGGAAGGUGUCUUCUCGAGACCAAUCCGCGGAACAUAGGAUGGCCUGAAGCAACGCGCCAGCUACAAGGGCGCCAGAUGCCGCCGUGCCCCUAACCGAAUGCGCUCCAAAAGAUGAAUCCACGUCUGCCAAAGACAACAACCAUCUGAUCCAUCACACCAAGGUUGUAGAAGAGACCAAUUUGUGAGGUCGUACGUAGAAGACCAGCAAUUGCCCAGAACGAGAAGGGUGAAGUGGAGUCGUAAUCGCUACAUAACGAGACAGAGCUGACACCACGCAGAGUUUAGGUGAAUCCUGGAAAUAAGGGUAGAAGAUAGCUGUCAAGUCCGACUUGGUACGUCUAGACACCGAGAAGGUCACCCCCUCUGGUGAGAAGGAGAACGCCUCGACAUCGAACGCCCCGAAUGUGGAGACCUGGCGAAAGGAGAUGCGGCAAAGCAGGAGAGCAAAUUUAGCUGAAAACUGUCGGAGGGACAGCUCCUGAUUAGCCAGCCACCUCUGCAGAAACGAUAAGACCGUGUGGACAUCCCAGAGGGUGUAGUACUUAGGUGCCGGAGGUCGCGCUAGUCUGAUGCCUCUGAGGAGUCUGCAAAUGAGCAGGUCUUGACCAAUGGGGGAACCCCAGAGAGGCACAUGAGCCGCAGAGAUUGCCAACCUGGCUACGUUAACCAAACGAUACGACCGACCCAGGUCAAACAAGUGAGACAAGAAGUUCAAAACACUGGAAACAAGGGCUGUAAAGGGAUCAGUAUUCCGUUCCAGGCACCAGCGACACCAAAUGUUCCAAUGCGGAUAAGUAGCAUCUCCUCGUCCCAGAGGAGGUUCCUAGCCGACUGCGAUAGGUCGUCAACAUUCCAGGUUCCCCUGAAAGAGUCCAGGCCAAUAAGCGGACGUGACCCUCAGCUAUGAGAGGAUGGGGGUUGCCCCGCAGGUCCAAGAGAAAAGUCUGCGGGGAUAGCAGGAGGAGCGUGUCCUGAUGUGAAAGUUCCAGAAGUUCCAGGAACCAAGCCUGGCCUUGCCAAAGGGGGGUUAGUAACACUAAUGACACACGUUGGCGACAUACUUGCAGCAGGACUCUGGAAGUGAUAGCGAACAGAGGAAAUGCAUAAGCUCCCUGAGGUGGCCAAUCCUGAAGAAAUGCAUCCACCACUGCGCAAGCCGGAUCCGGAAGCCAAAUGAAGUAAGUCAGUACCUGGAAGUUUGUCCUGGAGGCAAAUAGGUCCACAGUGAACGGGCCCCUCUGGUCUGUGAUCUCGAGGAACACUGGACGAAGGAGCCUCCAAUCGCUGGCGUCCCUCCAAUGUCUGGAGAACCAGUCCGCCGUCAGGUUCGACACACCCAGGAAAUACUCUGGAGAGUAAUGUUGUGUUGGGGGCAGAAGCUGUAAAUUUCCUUCGUCACCUCCGAAAGUAUCCGGGAGCGGGCACCUUCUAGGCGGUUGAUGUAUUGCACCGCCGAUACGUUGUCCAGCCUGAGUAGAAGGCAACAAUCCGAAAGGUGGUACUCCAUCUCUGAUUCCGACCAGGGGCCUCCCGUGAAGCCGGUCGCACAUGUGGCUCCCCAGCCCCAAAGGCUCGCGUCCGACUCCAAUACAAAAUCCAAGGUCGGUCCGAAAAUCGCCUUGCCAUUCCAGGCGGACAUGUGAAGUAGCCACCAGCGAAGCUCGAUCUUGACAUCUGGUGAGAGGAAUCACUUGGUCGUCGGAGGGUCUCCUGCACAGGAAGUGGGCCUUCAUGCGUUGCAUGGCCCUCUAGUAAAGGUGGCCCUCUAGUAAAGCCAGCACUCGGAGUGGAAUCCGGUCUUGGCGCAGUAUCCUCCGGAUUUCCUUCCAAAUGGUGGUGAUCUUGGACUAAGGAAGGCGAAGGAGGCACACCGUUGCGUGUAUUUCGAAACCCAAGAAGUCGAUCACCUGUGUCGGAGCGAGUGCCGAUUUCUCCAGGUUGACCACGAAACCCAGCAAUUCGAACAAGGAGCUCCUUGUCUUUCCUCCUACUAAUACUGAUCCUCCUCUCUUGCUCUCCCUUCAAGUGAGUGGUACCCACAUCAGUCCAUCCUUGACAGCACGCUGUCUUGGCGUUAUACUUGAUUCUGGCCUUACCUUUGAGCCUUACAUCCAGUCUGUUACCAAAUCCUGUAGAUUCUACCUUAAAAACAUAGCCCGCAACCGCCCCUUUCUUACACAAGAUGCUACAAAGGAGCUUGUCCAUGCGCUAGUAAUUUCCCGAAUGGAUUAUUGUAACUCUCUCCAAAUAGGUAUUCCCACAAGUCAUAUUGCCCUGCUACAGUCUGUAGCAGACUGAUAGACUGAGUUUCCUCUCCUGUCACUCCUCUCACACCUCUCCCCUUUGUCAGUCCUUACAUUGGCUUCCUGUAUCGUAUAGGAGUCAAUUCAAGGUACAAAUCCUCACCUAUAAAGCACUGACCAAUUCUAGCCCCUCUUAUAUCUCUUCACUGAUCUGCAGGUAUGCACCUUCUCGGUCUCUCCACUCUGCCCAUGAUCUUCUCCUGUCUGCUGCUCGCACCCGUACAGCCAACUCACGCUUGCAGGACUUUUUGCGGGUGGCUCCCUUUCUAUGGAAUUGCCUGCCUACAACCAUCAAGCUCUCCCCUAGUCUUUAAUCAUUUAAAAAGUGCCUCAAAACCCAUCUCUUUAGGAAAGCUUAUGGCCUCCCAGAGUAACCUCUACCUCACAUACCUGUCCCUUGCUCUCUUCUAAAUGGCAGCACACUAUUCUCUUCUCCAGCUCUGCUUCACUCCACCUUGUUUGAUUGCUACCUCUUGUCCUGUUGGGUUUUACGCCCUACCUCCUAUAGAUUGUAUGCUUGUUUGAGCAGAGCCCUCUUCAACCUAUUGUUCCUGUAAGUUUUUGUAAUUGUCUCAUUUAUUGUUAAAUCUCCCCCUUUGAUAAUAUUGUAAAGUGCUAAGGAAUAUGCUGGCACUAUAUAAAUACCAGUAAUAAUAAUAGUAAUCAUAAUUUUAACAUUGCAGUUUCUUUAAAACGGCAGUGUUUUACAUUGCAGGGUUAACGGGACCGGGACACUGUACCCAGACCACUUCAAUGAGAUGAGGUGGUCUGGGUGCGUAUAGUGUGGCUUUAAAAAAAACUAGUAAAAGCAGCAGAUGACUAAGAUACCGUCUCAUCAAGUACUCGUGAUGAAAUGUGGACACUGGGUUCAGGGGACCUGCUUAACAGGCUUCUAGAGCCCCAUGGUAUAGAAUGACUAGCAGCCCACUAGAGUAUUGUUCUAUGUAGUAUUGAUGAAGCCUUGCACACACUUAUAGAACAGUUUUCAAACAGCACUAAUGGACACAAUCUUGAUGAUAAUAAUUAAGAAUGAAGCCUCACUUGACACUUGGGACUUGAUCAUAUACUGGAACAUUGCCAGAGACUGAUUAACAUGAAAUGUAAACCAUACAGAGGAACCAAGAUAAUUCAUAUAGAAAACAGAAGGGGCAAUGGGAAUGGUCACUAUAGUAACUGUUUAAAAAUGUUACAAGCUUAUUUUCUUAUUAUGCUCUACUCACAUCCAACACUCCAUGGAUAAUUACAUCUUAGACACCCGUGCUGUGUGUGUAAUACAUGAGUUCUCUAUCUAGUAUUUUUAGAAUGUUAGGUAAACAUUUAGCCAAUGUUUCAAACAGCUGCCAGUCUUCUUUAGCAAUUCUCACAGGGAAGCAUUUAUAACCUUACAAGCUGGGUUGCUGUUUGAAUUGUCAUGAGAUCAUACAACAACUUUAUUUUAAGGUCUGUACAUACGGAUAACUGUGCAAUACCUAUACUUAAUAUAAUCGUGCAUAAUGUGUACAGGCACAAUCAUAUAUCCAUACAUAGUCCACUUUUUGCUUGAUGGUCCUUAGUUAAUGAUGUACUGUACCCUAACCCUUUGUUACUGUGUUAUCAUGCAAGUGUCUAAUUACACCCUCCAAAGACCUCAUACAAUGGGAAACUUCACACAAACAUGAUAGAUAUGUGUAUUAAGCUUGGUAUAUUCAUAUUUUACUUAAUGCAGGAAUUGCAUUUGAAAUUACCACUCUAAAACUGGAGUUGAUGUAGGGACAAAGCCAUAAAAAUUACCUUUCUUUCUUCAUAUAACAUUUUAUCCAGAACAUAAAGGUGAUAACGCUAACGCGUUUCGUGCCUCAGGGACACCUCAUCAGUUCAUCAUAUUCCUUGGAAUCAUCUAUCCUAUCCCCAUCCCCCCACCCAAUCUAUUUCUAAUGAAAUUUUAAUUUUAAAAAAUAAACGUAUUUUUAAAAUAGUUUUUUCCAAGUGAUGUGGGUAUUUUUGUUCACGUAAGUUCGGCUAUUAUCUUGUGAAUAAUUGUGAAUUGAGAAGGAACAGGACUUAGAGUUGCUGUCCUGCAUACAUCUAUUGCUCCAUAUGUUAUUACAUUGUUACAGUAUUUGGCCUCAGGUAUUGUUGGAACCAAGCCAGGGACUUGGCAGGUAUGCUGUGGGAGCCCUUUUUGAAACUUCUGCACUAGAUUACUAUAUACGGUUCACAUGGUCACUGUUAUCUUAACCAUUACCUGCUAAUAAACUAGUAAGAAAUACUCAGUCCUGCGUGGUGUGUCAAGUCUCAUACUUCUCCAGUUUUACCUUAUUUUUGAUAAAUAAAUUAAAACACGUUGAGGGUGUACUUUCUUUUUCCCAUUAUUGUGUGUAUGUGUGUGUAUAUGUAUAUAAUACACAAAUCUAUCCACUAAACAGCCCAUUCAAAAAGAUUUUAUUUUUAUUUUUUUUAAUUUUUUUAAAAACACCUAAUCUAGGCAAAAUUGACGUUGUGGCAGGCUUAUGCAAUGUAUGAUCAUAUAAUGUAACUAAACCCCCAUUAUUUUUGCCUAGAUUAGGUGUCUUUUAAGAAAAAAACUAAUAAAAUCUUUCAACAUUGAAGUUGCUGUUUAGUGGAUAGGUGAGUGCGCUGGAUCUCGUGUAUUGUAUAAUCUGGCCCCCAGCAGCACCACAUUUAUGCAUGUUCAGGUGAGUGCAGCCACACCCCCUUGUUUCAUUUAUAUAUAUAUAUAUAUAUAUAUAUAUAUAUAUAUAUUGUGAUCCUUGUCAGCAGGUAGCACGGUCCUCUAGGGCAAAAACAUGCACAGUCCUUGUAAUUGCAUAUAAUCCAGUCACUUUAUUUGCAAAUCCACACAGGAUACAGCAGUAAAUUAAAACAUAAAUGUAACACAAAACCCUAUAAACAAAAACCUAGCUCGGUCUGAGCACUAACUCACUUUGAACAUCCCUCUCUAUCAGGGUUAAACUAACAAAACAUAUGGCACCAACCUUAUUAGUUAGCAACACUCUGCUGGCUAGCCUGUUGCGUUCCUUUCCGCACUCCUAGUGCUCCAAGCCAGCCUUGCCCUGACUGCUUUCAUUUCUGCACUCCCAGUGCUCCAAGCCAGCCUUUCCCUGACUGCUUUCCUUUCCGCACUCCCAGUGCCUAGUCUUCUUGACUCUCUACAUGGAGAGAACAGCCUCUCUCCUGCCUGCUUCCUGGGAGGAAGCCAGCAAUCCCUCUCCUUUACCUGCCUAGCAGGGAGGAGUUUAUUCCCACUGCAACAGCUCAUUAACUGCAGCUGAGCAGUGGGUUGGAGACGAUCCAAAAAACCCUGGCCUGUAUCCAUGUCUCCCCAGAAAACCACUAAACUGUGGAGUGGAGCAUUGGCCCACCCUUCUCUCCAAAUGCUCCACCCCAGGGGCCCAUAACUAAACAGUGUUUUGUGUUGCCUACAACACAUCCUACACAUACUCCCCCUGGGGUUAAAUGUUGUAGGCCUAUCUGCCUUCACUUUAUCACAAUAUAUAUAUAUAUAUAUAUAUAUAUAUAUAUAUAUAUAUACCUACAGGUACAAUCUCAAGCAAAAGAUUGUACCUGUAGGUACUAAUGUAGGUGAUACCUUCCUUUAAGUAUUUUUUAAAAAAACAACACACUUUUGUGGAAACUAAUUGUUGGAUUUUAUUAUCUAUGAAAUGGAUCACUACCUUCUGUUUGGUUGCAAUAAAUAGGCUGGUUUCAAUCGCCUGAGAGAAAUGUAUCUUUUGUAUUUGAGUUCCAAUUCUUCCAUAGACAGCUAAAGAAAUUGUCAAAAUGAAAGGAAAUCAUGGAUUAUUUACCAUAGGUAAUUGGAUCCCAUCCUAUGGAAGUAUGUGCUGCUGUAAUUGCUUUAGAAGCGUAUCACCGAAAUCUUGAGUUUAAUUUAUGCAGUGUUACACCAUUUUGGCCAGCAGUACGACAGUUACGGCAAGGCAUUCCCUGCAAGGAUGUCUUGAGCAAUGAAAAUCUUGCCAGAGGGAGUUUUUUUGGAGCCAGCUGGCACUUUUUGGUUUGUCUCAGCUAGCUCUGACCUGCAGCCACACCUGCCAUCUUCCGCAACAGGACUCUCCUUAGCUGGGCCAGCUAAUCAUGAUAGAUUGUACUUGGCUCUCGAAAUGUCAGCUCAGUGCUACCUUCAAACCCUCGGAUCCCUUGCAGCAAGCUGGAAACAAGACAACACACUAAUGUGAAAUGUACUUACUACGUAGCAAAGCUGACCCACAGCCCUGCAUCCCCUGGUACAUAAAAGCUAUGUAUUUAUAGGGGAAAGGCGAAAAGUUUUUAAAGACAGAUGGGUUGUUUUGAGUCCUAUGUGAAUUUACAAUACUGAGACUUCCAGUGUUCUAAACUAAAUAUAGAAAGCAGCAGAAUACAGUUAUUUAUGUUUUGCAAAAAAAAGAUUUAUAAAGAAAAGUUUUAAACAUAUAAGUCGGCAUUCAUACAAACUCAGCAUCUGAUAUUGGUGGAAUAGUUUAGAGACUUGACGAAAGAUAGGUAAGAUGUAGCUCACUCGUUCGCUUAUUGAUUCAAACAAAUUAUAGAGAACAUUUUGUUGGCUCUCUCCAUGGCUUGACUAAUGGCAGAUAAAGUUUAGCUUGCUCCCUCCAUGGCUUGCCCAAUGACAGGUUACGGUAAAGUGUAGUUGACUCCUUCCGUGUCUUGACCAAUGGCAGAUAAAUUGGAGCUGGCUCUAUCUGUGGCUUGACUAACGACAGACAAAGUGUAGCUGGUUCCCUCCAUGGCUUGACUAACGCCAGUUAAAUUGUAGUUGGCUCCCUCCGUGACUUGACCAAUGACACGUAAAUGUAGCUGGUCCCCUACGUGGCUUGACUAAUGACAGGUAAAGUGUAGCUGGUUCCCUCUGUGGCUUGACCAAUAGAUGAUUAAUUCCUGUAGUAAAUUUCUUCAUUAGGAGUACCAAGGGUUAAAUUAUAAGAUCAAAGGUUUUUGAAGAUAUUUUAUAUAUUAAUGUCCUUACUAGAAGUCGUGAUCAGAAGGAAUAUUUAAUUAUUGAGACAUAAUAUUUCUUAAUUGCGUGUCCGGUUAUCUCAAAUGUAAUUAUAAGAAUUGUAACGUUUCAUGGGCCUUUUAUUGUUUGACAUCUGCAGUGCUCUCCUCCCAGUAGGAUCGUAAGCUCAUAUGAUUACUUAUUUAUUUAUAUUUUUAUCAUAAUAUUCUUUAUAUGCUGAAAGUGCAAUGCGUAGACUGCUGGGAUUGCACUCCAUGGCAUUAUAUAACUAAAAGCUUUGAAAUGCAGCUGGGCCAGGCUUUGUGUACUGUGUUACCGGGCUUGUUAUAUGUGUCUGGCUGUCAUUGUGUCAUGAGAAGGCUGCAACACCCGUACAAACUCUUUCAGAUGCCUAUUUCCAAGUCCUCGCACGUUCCCAUAAUGACGUUGGUUUGUCUAACACAGGAAGAGGCUUGAAGGGGAAGGAGAGAAAGGACCCAAACAUCUUUCAAAUGUCAACUGAAAAGUAACGACAGGCACAGAAUUCAGAUUGUCAGAGGGAAUAUGAUCGUAUUCUACAAAAGAGUCAUAGGGAUUAUCCGUUAAAAAAAAAAACCACUGCAUUUCUGGUCAGUACUCGACCCUAUCAUCUAAUUCAAUAUCUUCAGCCUGAAUCUAAAUAGAAAGCUAACUGGCUACUUUAUACACUAGCCACAUGGAUGCUGUCUUGUAUCGUAGGGCUAGGUUUAUUUAAAUUUGCUCUCUGCAUGGCUGAUACUGUGUAAAUAAAUAAAAGAAUACUUUUUUAUGGGCAAUAAAUAGAAUGCAAACCUUUGUUAAUUAUGAAUUAGCAGAUUGCUUCAACAGUGCAGUAGACUGUCUAUAAUGAAAGCAUUUGCAGGAUUCAUUAGGGCAACAUUGUCAAAUCGGUUAAGGCCACAAUCUAAAACAGUAUGCUUCUGCAAGGUAUAAAGAAGAGAAAGGUACAAAUUGCGUUCUUUUAGUUAAAUUAUACCAGUCACCUAAUUUUUUAUUUUUACAUUAAAUAAAGGUAAUUAACAUCAUUCAACCUCAUUUCAAACCUGGAGAAUUAAUUUAAAGUUACUAAUUUGCUUUUAAUUACACAAGCAUGUGACAGCCCAGUUUUUGGAUCUAAUUCUCUUCGCAUCCCCUGGCAGUUUCUUCUGCUUGUGCCACUGGUGAAUUCAUGUGCAGGAAUGCAACAUAGUACAUAUUGUUCAUUGCUUGAGAUGUGUGACAUCACCUGCAUCUUCCCAUACGUUUAUGUCUAUUAAGUGGCUAACUACGUUGCAAAAAGAAUACAGAUAAACCAGAUGAGAGACAUAAUAUAAAUUGCACAUCCUGUCAGAUGACAAAAAUGAUGGAUUCCAAGCCAAAAGCUAAAUGAUAUUUUUUACGUGUACCUUUUUGAGCCCUGUUCUCAGUUACACGUAUUGGAAAAUUAGUCUUUACUUUGCCUUAAAGGACAAGUGUCACCACAAAACUAUUUUGUUUAUAUAAUAAUCAUAAUAUCAAGGUUUGAAACAAAAUAGAUUUAAAAAAAAAUGUUUUUAAAGGAACCCUAUAGGGUCAGAAACACAAAUAUAUAGUGUAAAUAGGGUGAAAACUCAACUUAUUUCCCCUGCUGGCACUGGCCCAGCCCCCGAUCCGUCAGAAAUGACAAUCUCAGCCAAUUCACUGCUUUCCUGUGGAUUGGCUGAGAUUGUCAAUUCUGAUGAUCUCAGCAGAGGAGGAGGAGCGGGGGCGGAGCCAAACGCAUCUCUUUGGGAAACGUUCAGCAUCUUCAUGCAGAGCAUGGAGGUGCUGAACAUCAGUGCUGCACAACUUCUGAGUGACACUGGAGGUGUACUUAGGGAGCAAUGUAAACACUGCCUCUUCUUUUACAAUUAGUCUCUAUAGUCCUCACUUUCCUGUAUUAUGUCUCCACUCCAGGACACAUGGAGACUCCUUCUGUAUAGUCUUGCCUUUUGCUAUAUUUUAACGUUUAAUAAACAUUUGAACAAAAAAGUUUUUUUUUACAAAAUGAAAUAAAACUUUCAUAUGUGUAAACUAAAACAUGUUAAAUAUGUUAUGGAAAGAUUAAAGGAGUGGCAUUAGAUCAGAAUAAUAAAGUAGAUUUGCAAAAAAAAGUACACACAUUACAAGUUGCAAAAAAUGUAACAAUAAAAUUCAACAAAAAAGGGGCUAUCAGGAAUGUGUCAUGUUGGAAAGACAGGCUGGAUGUAUUGUUCUUAAAUCCAUUAUACUACAUGCACAAACCCAAUCAUGGUCCUUCACAGGCCUGAUACAGGUCAGACUUAUCACAUUAGUGCGUUGCUUCUUGUUCAAAGGUUUAAAUUGUCCCAGUGAUGGUCUUUUGUUGGUUUUAUUUUUUUUAUUCACAACUAUGACUGAGUGGGGAGUAAGAUGUAUUUGGAGUGGUGAUGGGGGGAAGGGGAGGAGGUAGUGUUCUUACUUGAGAGUCAAAGGUCCCCUUUCACUUUUCCCCCAAAUGUUUUGUGGAUAAAGGACAACAAAUAACUCCUUAAAAGAGAGCUGUGUUCUUUUGUUAAAUCUUGUGCAAGGCAGUCAAGCCAACCUGCAUUUAUUUUUUUUGCUUUAGUUUGUAAAAUGGACUGUUUCUGUUUCAGGCUGGACACACGCGGUGAGGUAUGGAGUGAGCAUCACAACGAUAAAUUAAUGGACGGCCAGGAAGAAAAAGACUCUGUUGCACAAGGAGCCAGCAACCUUCUUAUUAAUGGGAUUAAUGGAAAUGGUAAGGGGUACUCCAGGAAAAUGUUAGACUGUCAAGUGUGUGUCAAAUCAUCUAUCUAUCUAUCUAUCUAUCUUCUAUCUAUCUAUCUAUCUAUCUAAACAGUAUGCUUAAUCACUAUGCUUACAAGUUGAGUUAUGUGAAGUGGUGAUGGUGCCUGCAGUUUGUAUAUUCAAAAAUGUUGCUUUGAAAUGCUGCACAUUUUAAUGAGAAUUUAUUUUCAGUGAGGCGUCACUAAAACGUCAUUAGUUAGCCCAGAACAAGAGUUUCUGACUGGUCAAUGUCAAUUCUGUGCAUAUUUCUAUGCACAGAGUGUUAUUUAUUGGCUGAGAGUGUAGGCUGGCUGCUCCAAUAAAUGGAUGAAUGGCGGGUGGGAUCGGCAUCCAACUUCUGAAACUCUGCCAGAUGGAGACUAGACAUCUGAUGGAUAUCCAGGUAAGGGGGCUAAUGGCACCAGGGUACUCCUGGUAUCAUAACCACUACAGAGUACCACAGACGUAUUUUACCAUUACAGUUUUUUAAAAGCGGCUCUAUCACCAUCUUGGUUCUUUGCAUAAUUUGCCCCUAAAUAUGACAGCUUCACUGGGUGUCCAGUGGCCUCCGGGUGCAGGGGAAGGAAAGUUUUCCUGACUGUCCUCUGCCACUUUUGUUGCUUCAUCUGCCAGGUACCUACAUCAGUAUUACACUCUCACACAUAUGAGACUGCUGGGACCUCCAUAGAAAGAGCCUUUUUCCCUACAACUUUCACUGGUAACGCUGCAGGAAAUUACAUUUUUUUGUCAAGGAUGGGAAAAAUACUAAGACAAAGUAGUCCCUACUUUGUCUUAGUAUAUCUUUUGGCUUGUUGGAAUUUUAGUGAAAGUAAGUAAAAUGUGAAUAGUUCAUAAAGAUUUUAUAUUUCUGAAAUUAAAUACUCAUUCUGGAGGGAUAUCUCUAAGGGAAUCUGUGUAGUAGACAGGACAUGAGGCGCUUCAUGGUUGCUAACAUUGCCGAAAAGAAGCUGGACCUCCUCAAGCUUUGCAAGAAGACAGCCAGCAUCAGUAAAAUCCCCAUAGGAAAGCAGUGAAGCAGUGCUUUCAUAUGGGGAGGGCCUAGUGCACUCACAGCACGUCUGGCGCAUGUCAAUUAGACCCCCCUCAAUGGGGUGAGAGAAGGCUGUCACAUGUUCAUCCUCACCUUGCGACAUUGAUAGUGCUUGCCUUGCCAAUAAACGCGGUAGUGCCUUUCAGCGGCCAUGCAUCAAUGUGUCUGACCCAUGCAGCAUGUUGAUGGACGCCGGGCCGCUGCAGAUCCACACUAAUUUAUAACCCCACGUCCGCCCACGGCAUGGAAGAUGUCGACAUGCGCAUGAAGUCACGUAAAGGACACACACGCACAUUCUGGGGUCAAAGGCUGGUUUUGGCCAAUCGGAUCCACAAGAGGGGUAUUUAAGGUUACCUAUUCCUUCUGCUCAUUGUCCUGUCGUGGUUUCCCAAGUGGUUGUCCGAGAGUGUAUUCCUGAGCGUUUAUUUCUGGUUAUUGACUUUGGCUUCGUUUGACUUCCCUGUAUUCUGGUAUCCCUGACUUUUGGCUUUCCCUCAUCAUUGUUUCUCUUUCUGUAUCCCUGGCCUCGGCAAGUAUUAAGUCCGGCCAUUCUAAGGCCCGGUAAGACGUUAUCUUUUAGUCCUAGGUGGGAUACAGUUCUACGUGCUGGAUCAACUUGUAAUCCUGACAAAGGCGGAGCAAGACUCAGCACCGAGGGACAUUAGGUACAGUGAGGGGAAAAAGUAUUUGAUCACCUGCUGAUUUUGAACAUUUGCCCACUGAAAAAGAAAUUAUCAGUCUAUAAUUUUAAUGGUAGGUGUAUUUUAACAGUGAGAGAAAGAAUAACAAAACAAAAAAAAAUACAAAAAAAAAAUGUCAAAAAAGUUAUAAAUUGAUUUGCACGUCAAAGAAUGAAAUAAGUAUUUGACCCCUUCGACUUAGCACUUCGUGACAAAACCCUUGUUGGCAAUCACAGAGAUCAGAUGUUUUUUGUAGUUGGCCACCAGAUUUGCACACAUCUCAGGAGGGAUUUUUUCCCACUCCUCUUUGCAGAUCCUUUCCAAGUCAUUAAGGUUUCGAGGCUGACGUUUGGCAACUCGUACCUUCAGCUCCCUCCACGGAUUUUCUAUGGGAUUAAGGUCUGGAGACUGGCUAGGCCACUCUAGGGCCUUAAUAUGCUUCUUCUUGAGCCACUCCUUUGUUGCCUUGGCUAUGUGUUUUGGGUCAUUUUAUCAUGCUGGAAUACACAUCCAUGACCCACUUUCAAUGCCCUGGCUGAAGGAAGGAGGUGCUCACCCAAUAUUUGACGGUACAUGGCCCCAUCUGGGCCCUGUACCGUCAACUCAUUGCCUGUAUAAAAAGACACCUGGGAGCCAGAAAUCUUGCUGAUUGAUAGGGGAUCAAAUACUUAUUUCACUCAUUGACAUGCAAAUCAAUUUAUAACUUUUUUCUUUUUUUUUGAGGAGUUACAAGCAUAUGUCAUGUGCCACAACAGCACACAUGAAUUAAACACCAGUAUUGACAGUGUGGUGCUCAGAAACUGCACAAUUUUUGGAAAUACGUUGAAACAAUCUAGUAACGAUUUUGGCAUGCAAUGAAAACUGUUCACAUUAAGCUGAUAUUAAUAAAACAAUGCUGAAGUAGCAAGCGCCUCUUUGAUUCAAGCUAAGUUCACAUGUAUUAUUUAUAAAGCGCACUAAAAAGAAAGCCAAAGGCAUGUUAUAGUUGCUUAUAGUACCCUGCAUGAGUUAACAUAUAGUAGAGCAAUCACAUGAUAAGCAGGGGUAGUAGGCAUAACCUGCAAGCAAGUACCACUGGAGCUGGUCACAUAUAUAGCUUAAGGCACCCAGCACCGCGACAGAGCUUGCCAAUCAUAGAUGUAAUUGGUGGAGAAACUGUAAACCUAGUAGUCCCACAUGAGUCUCUCACACCCCACUGACCUACCGCCUGUUAAUUUGGCAAAGUCCAGCAUGUAAUAUAAGUCCUCAUUCUGCUGCUAGGGUUUAAUGACCCAGCGCUGGGACUGUAUCAGCCAGACCGGGGAGCACUCACAUGCCUUCUUGGUGAGGUAUUCAGCCGGCUGAGUAGUGGAGUUGAUUCUGUCGGGCUUGUAAUGGCGUCAGUCUUGGCUUUCAAGCAUUAGUGCCCUCUCAUAAGGCCCCUCCGUCCGCAAUGUGCUGGGUGGGCUCCAUAAGUGUAGGUCUGCUCCACGUCAGAUAUCUACCGUAGGGACUGUACGAGGAUCCAAGAGGUUGCUGUAACCUGUUCCUGUAGUAGACUGCUUGUUGGGGAAACUGCUUUGCGUGCCUAAGCACUUUUGUAUACUUGGGAGCCGUGAAUGUUGCAGCUUAAGACACAAAAUCUGCCGGGACCAGCCCUCCGCACUCCUAUUUGUUGUAAGCCAGCGAUGUACUGCGGGAUCAAGGAGAACUGCACGCAAUGUUUACAUGCUGUAGCCGGACUUGCUUUGCGGUGGGUUGCGUGGUUUCACAAGGCAUGUGCUGUUGGUACCGGGCUUGGCACUGCCGCCAUCUUGUAAGGUAGGCCCUGGGAGUUCCACUCCACCUAGUUUCCACAUAUCUCAAGCUCUCUGCAGUGGGGACCGGGAUAACCCCCCCGGCCCACAGGGGGGGAAAUGGGACCGGCAUGCCUCUCAGAAAGCCGGUGUGUGGCAGUUUGGGAGGGAGGCAGGGCAGCUGCAAUUGUUGUUGCCCAUCCAACUGGGAAGGAAUAUAAGGCCAUUUCCAAAAAAAUGUAAGUCCAACAUUCUACAGUGAGAAAUAUUAUGAACAAGUGGAAAACAUUCAAGACAGUUGCCAAUCUUUCCAGGAGUGGACAUCCCAGCAAAUUCACCCUGAGGUCAGAACGUGCAAUGCUCCAAGAAAUUGCAAAAAACUCAAGAUUCACAUCUCAGACUCUACAGGCCUCAGUUAGCAUGUUAAAGGACCACUAUAGUCACCCAGACCACUUCAGCUCAAUGAAGUGGUCUGGGUGGCAGGUCCCCCAGGGUUUAACCCUGCAGCUGUAAACAUAGCAGUUUCAGUUAAACUGCUAUGUAUACAUUGCAGGGUUAACCAGCCAUGGGCAUCCGCAGGAAUUUUUCCUGGGGGGACAUAAUUGUAAUGACAUCCAUGCUUGGUCCCUUUUUGACAGUGUCAUGAAGGGGAGGAGCAUAGUCAUUAUCACAAAAAGCCAGGGUGAAUAGCGUUAUCACAACUUUGGUGUCAGGAAUACACGUUUGUAUUCCUGACACUACAGUGUUCCUUUAAGCAAAUUAAAGGAACAUUCUGGUCACCAUAACAACUUCAUCUAAAUGAAAAUGCUAUGAUGCCAGGAAGCCCCUGGGUGCUGUCUUUCCUUUAAGGGGUUAAACCGCUCUCAAAUGGUUUAACCCCAAAGGCUUCCUCCAGCUCCAUUUCCAGGUCGCUUAGUGGUAUUCGGCUUCUGAAACGGAGUGUCAGGAAGUGCAGAUUGACGUCAGGCAUGGGUGCUACAGAUUGGCUAGAGUGGUCAGUUGACGCUCUAAGCCAAUCGCUAGUUCCCGGUUCAUAAAAAUGUUUAACUUUUUUUAUGAAUGGGGAGCUACUGAUUGGCUUAGAGUACCAGCUGACCGCUCUAGCCAAUCAGCAACACCCCUCCCCAGCGGCCCUCUGCUUCCUGACACUCAGUAAAUAAAAGUGAACACAUUAACACUGAUAUUUUUUUACCUGGGGAGAUGAGAAGGUCCAAAGUUUCCCUUCCAGGCCCAGGUACCAAAGCCUUAUGAUGUGGUGUCCAGAAUAAAGUGGAGGGUUCACUUCACUUUUCCUUCCUGCUCCAAUCUUCCAAUCUGCUCCAAUCUUCUUUUCUUCUCCUUCAUUUGACACAGUCUUCUUUUUCUUCUGACACUGUCUUCUCUCCUCCUUGGCUCCUUCUGCUCCUUUACCUUUCUGCUACUUUCUGCUUAUUUUGCUCCCCCUUCUGCUCCUUUCUCUUUCUGAUCCCUUUGUGCUCCUUGCUGUCCCUUUCUGCUCCUUGCUACCCUUUUCUGCUCCUUCUCCUACUUUAACUUUGUGCUCCUUCUGAUUCUUUCUGCUCCUUUACCUUUGUGCUCCUUCUGUCCCUUUCUGCUCUUUGCAGACCCUUCCUUCUCCUUGCUGCCCCUAGCAGACCCUUCCUGCUCAUUUCUGUUCCUUCUCCUACUCCACCUUUGUGUUUCUUCUGUCCCUUCCUGCUCCUUGCUGCCAUUUUCAGCUCCUUGCUGACCCUUUCUGCUCCUUCUACUUUACCUUUGAGCUGCUUUACCUUCCAGCUCCUUGCUGACCUUUCCUGCUCCUUGUUGACCCUUCCUGCUCCUUGUUGUCCCUUCAUGCUCCUUGCAGACCCUUCCUUCUCCUUGUUGACCCUUCGUGCUCCUUGCAGACCCUUCGUGCUCCUUGCUGCCCCUUCCUGCUCAUUUGUGUUCCUUUGCGCUCCUCCUACUUUACCUGUUGUGAUCCUUGCUUCUCCUUUCUGCUCCUCCUUACCUUCCUGGUCCUUGCUGACCUUCCUGUAGGCUGUCUCCCCCAUCCCUUACUUACCUGAUCUGUAGGCUGUUCCCCCUCCCCCCCAUCCUCACUUACCUGAUCUGUAGCUAUCUCUGCCCCCCCAUGCUUCACUUACCUGAUCUAUAGGCUAUCUCUGCCCCCCAUAUGCCUCACUUACCCUGAUCUAUAGGCUAUCUCUGCCCCCCCAUAUGCCUCACUACCCUGAUCUAUAGGCUAUCUCUGCCUCCCAUAUGCCUCACUACCCUGAUCUAUAGACUAUCUCUGCCUCCCAUAUGCCUCACUACCCUGAUCUAUAGGCUAUCUCUGCCCCCCCUCCCCCCAUGCCUCACUUACCUGAUCUGUAGGCUCUCUCUGGCUGUAUGUGUUGCUCCGCUGCGGAUUCAGUCAGAGAGAAGCAGGGAUAAGAUGCAGCUUCCUAUCCCUGUCUCUCUCCAUACACAGCCGGUAUUGCACUGUAUUUUCAAUCUCACACGAAAAUUAGUGCCUUCCCCCUGUGGACGCCCAUGAAUCCAGCCUCUAGCGGCUGUCUUCCUGAUAGCCGCUAGAGGCGCUUCUGCGAUGCUCAAUGUAAAAAUUGCAUUGAGCACGCAGAACGUCCAUAGGAAAGCAUUGGCCGUGCAUGCGCAUUCGGCUCCACUUGGGAGCUGACGUCACAGGGGGAGGAGAGGUCACCAGCGCUGAGGGAGCCCGGUGCUGGAUUAAGGUAAGUGGCGGAAGGGGUUUUAACCCCUUCAAUCCAGCGGGAGGGGGGGAACUAAGGACUAUAUAAUGCCAGGAAAACAAGUUUGUAUUCCUGGCACUAUAGUGGUCCUUUAAAUGUUAUAGUUCAUGACAGUACUAUUAGAAAAAGACUGAACAAGUAUCGUUUGUUUGGAAGGGUUGCCUGGAGAAAGCAUAUUCUCUCUAAGAAGAACAUGGCAGCAUGACUGAGAUUUGCAAAGUUACAUCUGAACAAACCACAAGACUUCUGGAACAAUGUCCUUUGGACAGACGAGCAGACGUGAAAAUGUUUGGCCGUAAUGCACAGCUCCAUGUUUGGUGGAAACCAAGCACAGCAUAUGAGCACAAACACCCCAUACCAACUGUCAAGCACGUGGUGGAAGGGAGAUGAUUUGGGCUUGUUUUACAGCCACAGGACUUGGGAACCUUGAAGUCACUGAGUUGACUAUGAACUUAUUUGUUUACCAAAGUACUGUAUUCUAGAGUCAAAUAUAAGGCAAUUUGUUUGACAGAUAAAGCAUGUUUGAAAUUUGGUCAUGCAACAGAACAAUGACCCAAGCACACCAGCAAAUCUACAACAGAAUGGCUGAAAAAGAAAACAAUCAAAGGGUUGCAAUGGCCCAGUCAAAGUCCAGACGCAGAUUGAAAUGCCUAAAAAGAGCUGUGCAUAAACAAAUGCCAGCAAACCUCAUUGAACAGAAGCGUUUAAAGAAGAGUGGGACAAAUUUCUUCCACAACGAUGUGAGAGACUGAUAAACUCAUACAGAAAACCAUUAAUUCAAGUUAUUGCUGCUAAAGAUAUUUCUACAGGCUGUUGCAUUAUUAGGUAUACAAAUUUCACACACGCCUUCUUUGUUUUGGCUUAAUUUUUUGUAAAUAAACCAUGACACGGUGUAAUAUGUCGUGUGUUGUUUUAAUUGCCUCAUUUUAAAACCUGCUAAGGAACAGAUGAUUCUUAUUAUGUCCUGAUAUGUAAAGCCAAAUACUACACGGAGAGUGUACUUUAUUUUUACCAUUACUAUAUAUAUAUAUAUAUAUAUAUAUAUAUAUAUAUAUAUAUAUAACAAACCAGUGCAGAGAUGCAUGUGCAAUAUUUUACUGUUCUGAUUUUUUUAUUACGUACAAAAAAGGUUAUACAUGGAUUGACUGCUAUGACAUGGCUUUAGUAAUUAGCAACUUUAAUUUACCAAUAUUCAGAUAGAAAGUUAAGUCCAAUAUAUUAGGGGAGGGUUGUGGGUAUUUCACUUUUUAGUGAAAGAACAAACAACAAAACAUUUAAAAUUAUACAUGUAAGAGCUUUAUUUCAUGUACCAUGAUAUUACCAACACUUGUCCCUAGACAUAGCAUUUAGAUCUUGGAUUUAGUUCUUCCAGUACCUCAUUUAUACAGCUAAGGACUGAAGACUUGAAUUUUACUGUAAUAAAAAUUCCUAACCCAUUUUAUAUUCUCAGUCUCUAUUGGAAUAUAUAAUUAGUUUAUAUACUUAGGGGGCAAUCCUCCACAAUGCAAAAGCCAUUAACGAUCAUUAACAGUCAUCCUCUUGAAUUGCUGUUAACGAUUGUUAACGGCUUUCUCGGUUUUACAAAUGUGUCCCACUGUGUGUUGAUGUCUCUAUAUAUAUGUAGGUUGGAAAGUGUGAUGAAUGAUGAAUGUAAAACAUUGUUCUGUUUUUCCUCCACUGCAGAGCCUCAUGAUCCCGAGGAUGAUGUGAAGUCCUAUGAUGCUGCAGAUGCUGUUGUCACAUUUCCAGCCUUAACACAGAAGGAAAUUCACGCCUGUCACAGGACAUUGCCAUCUAUCACUUCCAAGGAAACUUGUUUACUAAGCCCUCCCUCUCCUCUGAGGCUCUCAGAUGCAGCGGAACAUGUUAUCAGUGACCCUUCUGCUCAGGCCAUAUCUUUGACAACCUGUAUCACCAAGGGUCUAAGUUCCUGGUCAUUACCAAGUGACAACGAAAAAGCACCAUUUACCAUCAUGGAGUCAGGGGCCAUGUCUGCUUUAACUGGCGACUGCUUGAUGCAACAGAGUCGGACCUGUUUAGGCUGUUUUAUAGAAUCAAAAGAUGGUGUAGACUCUGAACCAGGUAUCAGUCUGAAAAUGGGAGAUAUAAACAGGGACUUUGACACAUGCCCAGUGUCUGACAUUGGAAUUCACUGUAUGAGCACAGGAGACAGUCUCAAAUAUGGUGACCAGCUUCUUUCUGAUCAGCUACUCAGCUUUCCUGUCCAUAAAUCCCAAGAGGUGGACAAAAGGGACCCAAGUAAAUCAGAUAGUGACUCAGAGGAUCCCACACAAAAGAAUUAUUAUGAGGGACUGCUGCUGGACAAAUGUAAUGGUGAUGAGGCAUUGCUCUCUAACCCAAACCAGGAAUGGGGCUACUUCGAGUCAUUCAUUAGUGAGAGUAAGAUUGAGCUUUUAGACUUGUGCUCCAAGAAUGAGCUGUCCGUUAACUUGUUUUCAGAGGAAGAUGUAGACAAUUACAUGUUUGAUGAUGAUGACUCUACACUUGGAAGUGAUGUUUGCUCUUUAAAGAUCAGGUAUGAAUCAUUUCAAGAUAAUGUGAGGGAGAAGACAAAUGCUCUGCAGGAGGAUGCCCAGUUCAACUUCUUCCCUAGUGUUUUCACCAACUGCAACAAAAGAGAGGGCAAAAGUUCAAAGAAAAGGGUGGUUGACCCUUCCCAGUUUAAACUUGAAGAAGGUGGAAUUUGGGAAGAUGAUGAUGACGAUGAAGAGGAUGAGGAAGACGGUGAGGAUGUUAAAUCUGGCCUUAGUAAAACUAGCAUGGACGUUGUGCAGUAUAUCAGCACCAAAAGAAGCCACUUUCUGGAUUCAGUAAACUCAGCUGAGGAUUCUGGAGAAUAUAGUGAUGACAGCUCAUGCAGUGAAUCUUCAUAUGAUGUACUGGGAGACAUCAAGGACUGCACUAGAUUCUUGUCCCGUGAGCACUCUCAUUCGCUUAUACAGCCUAACUAUGGUCUGAGGGUUAAGAGGAAAGUUCGGUAUAGUGAUGACUACUUGUAUGACAUGGAUUCCCUUGAGAAUGAGAAAGUUGUAGAGAAAAAGGAGGGAGCUCCCGAUGGGCCAAAAGAAGAAGAUGAUGAUGACUGGUGCCCCAAAAAAAGGAGGAAAGUUUGCAGAAAGGAGCCUCCUGUGAUCAUAAAGUAUAUAAUAAUCAACAGGUUCAAAGGAGAGAAACAUAUGCUGGUAAAACUAGGAAAACUUGAUGCUAACGAGACAACGGUUACUUUGAGUGAGGACCAGAUGGGAAAAUACCAAAAGCUUGCUCCUCUGAAGGACUACUGGGAGGAGAGACAGAGAAACAAAUCAGCCAUGUGUGCAAAAAGGAAUCAAGAUGGCUCAGAAAAUGCUAUCCCACCCAGAAAAAGAAAAGGUCAGUUAGCAAACCGACACAGGUUACAGAGGAUACAAACGAUUGAGCAACCUAUGAGCAGGGAAAUCCUCUCUUCAUAUGACCACCGGCAAGCAUGCAGCAGCAAAGACGAUGGUAGUCUUCGCGACUUGCACUCAUUGGCCAUAGAAAGCCCAAGUUGUGUGAAUGGAUUGCAUUUAAGUGACAUAGCAGAUAUCACAUCUGUGAAAUGCAGAUCAUUAGAGAGGGAGCUUAAAGACCCAGAUCGAAAAGUGAUAAGGAGGAUUAAAUUUAAAAGUGAAGCCAGGCUGAAAUGCAAACAGAUCAAACUGGAGCAAGUACAAGAUAUUAGCACUCCAGAUACAGCUGAGGUUUUCCCUGUCGUAGAGAACCAGGACUCUGUAGCUCUUUUGAAAGAAGAAACCAUUCAUAUUGCGUCAGACAGUUCUAAUCUAUCUCAAUGCCAUUCUGAUGAUAAUGCUAAAAAUUCCUCAUUUCUACCAACCACCUGCUCUCCCAACAAGCCAGUACCAUCUGUUCACAUCACUACCAAUGUACCCGUUCUCCCUGGAGGGUAUCUACAGACACUGUUAGAUGCAUCAGAUUCAUCUAGUAGCACUGGCAUUACAUACUUUGCCCCUCAUCCCUUAGGGCAGCAGUCAGUCAACAUUAUUCAGACAGACAAACAGUUCAGUUCCUUGCAACUUGCGCAGAGCUGUGUGCUCUCUCCUCCUUCUGAGUCUGAGCUGCAACAGUCACCCCAUCAUUUAGAUAUGGAGCAGAGCUUCCAAGACAUAUGGCAUGGCAAGCCUCCUAGCACUCCGGCUGAGUUCAUUGCAAACCUUAGGGAAGUGUCGAUCAUAUCAGGGGAGUUUGUCGGCUCUGCAGCUGUAUCAGACACAGACAUCGCAGCCUCUGGAUACAAUCAAGCUCAUCCAAACAGCGGCAAACAGCUGUACCACAAAGCAUAUCUGCAAGAGGGCCAAAUUCAGCAGGAUGACACUUAUCAGCCUUGUCCUUAUAAUAGUGGAGAAGGGCGCUUCACUUUACAGAGAGGCACACUUAGCACAGACAAUGGAAGGCUUAUUAGUUUUGACUCAGUAGGUUCAUUGUCGGUUACCUCUAGUAAUUACAGCUCCUUAAGCAUGAAGUCUUGUGAAAAGGAUGGUGAAGAUGAAAUAAAUGAUGAUUUCUUGGCCCAUUGCAGCCCGAAGCUUGUAAUUCAGCAGAGUAUUGAUGAAAUCACGCCGUUAAAGGAAUCUACAGACCUUCUUGACAUAUCCAACUUCACCCCUGAUAAAUUCCGUCACUCAUCCCUUUCAGAAAUGUCCCCUCCAGACACACCUAACCUCUCCCCUCAGAUUGCAGGCUCUGAAGCAAAGUCCGUAGCAAACCUAAAAGCCUUCCAGAAUGGUACCCAGGUGGUGCUCAAUGGCUCAGAAAAGGUUAAGUGGAACUGCUCUGUGCUUCCCUCACAGGAGUCUGCCAAUAAUGGGUUUGCACUAAAUAAUCACCAAUUUCAAUUCCACAUGUUCAACGAUGAGGAUUCAGUGAAUGUCAUGGAGAAGGGCCCCUGCUUACCAGGAUAUGAUGAAUCAGGGGGUUCUGUUCAAACCAAUGGUAAGCCAUCGAAGUCUAAAAAGAAAUCAACAGCCAGCAGAAAUACAGGUACCAACCAAAGCUCUCCUCCAAAAACCAACAAGAAGAAAGCCCCCAAAAUUAACAAGGGAGUAGACAAAACACAAACAAAGGCUUCACGACAGCCUGGCCCCAAGUCAUCUAAGAAAGGCAAAAAUGCAAACAAUGAUAAAACCCAAAGUGCUGGCAGUCAAUCUGGAAAUCUAAACAAUGCAAUUUCUUCUAAUGAGGCUCUAACUGAUUGCAUGCCACACUAUGGACCAAGCUCCUCCAAGACAGGGAAAAAUGCUCCUGGGGUAGGUGAGUGGACGCUUGAUAAAGGUAACAAUGCUGCAUGGCCUGAUCCUGGAACAAGCAGUGCCAACAAUCUCCUCGAUGAUGAUCAAAGGGAAUUUGAGGAACCUUCUAACAUUCUGUCUAAUAUUGCAUCUGGCAUGGCUGAUGUUCAGAGGUUCAUGAUGGCCUCCAUGGAGCCUUUUUAUAAUCCGGUAAGUCAUGCCAACAUUUCUGAUAUUGUGGUGUCUCCAGAAUCAAACAGCUUAAAAUUGAAAACACUUAAAAUCUUAGCUGGAACCCCCCAGGAUUUUAAGAAAAAGGUCAAUGGCAGCUCCCCUGGGGGCUCUAAGAAAACCACAAACAAGGGCUCAGGUAAGAACAACACUAAGUUUGGAGUGUUUGACCCCAGCUGCCCAUUAGGUUACGGAGCGAAUCUUCACUCAGCCUUUUUUGAUAAAAACUUUGGAAACCUAAGUAUUUUAGCCAAUAAUGUACCUACUCACAAAAAGCUAUAUCGUCAUAAAUCAACGUCAAAAUCUCUGCGGGAUGAAAACUGUAAGGGGAAAAGAAUAGACCAAGCUCACAAGGAACCUUCGGUCACAGUUGCAUUCGAAAAACUGAGGUAAUGCUGCACCAAAGUGGCUCAGACGCAUCUUUUUUUUUUUUUCUUCGCACCUGCUAAGCCUGCUGGUCUUUGUUUAGUUCUCCCUUAAAGCAAAUCUUC